CUCACAGCUAUGAUGACAGCUCAGUGUGCAGAGUGUGAGUCAGUGACGCCAUGAGCACACCCCCUGGCCGAGCUGCUAUGUAAAGGCUGGGAGACUGGCAGGAUGCACAGUGAGCAGCCAGCACUGAGUCUUCUUCACCUGAACCUACCUGCCCUGUGAGUAUCCAUCCCCUCACCUACCUGUCCUGUGAGUAUCCAUCCCCUCACCUACCUGUCCUGUGAGCUCCCUUCCCUGUACCUACCUGCCCUGUGAGUAUCCUUCCCCUCACCUACCUGCCCUGUGAGUACCAGAACUGACAGGACCCUUCCCAUAUCUGCACUGUGAGUUCCCUUCUUUGUACCUACCUGUCCUGUGAGUAUCCUUCCCUUCACCUACCAGAACUGACAGGACCCUGUACUGUGAGUAUUCUUUCCCUUAUCUGACUGCUCUCUCUAGUACUCCUCACCUACCUGAACUGACAGGACCCUUCCCCUAUCUGCACUGUGAGCUCCCUUCCCUGUACCUACCUGCACUGUGAGUUCCCUUCUUAGGUACCUACCUGCAGUUACCCCCUACUCUAUCCAAGCCACAUAAUAACCUCUUCCUGUCAGCCACACAAACCAACCAGGCACCGCUAUACCUGACAAACACGUCGAUGAGAGGAUAACAUAAUAUCUCUUUCUUUUUCCCUGAACCCCAGACAAAUUUUCUCCCCAUAUUGCUUCUCCUGCAUGUCCCCCCAUGCUGCUUCUCCUGCAUGUCCCCCCAUGCUGCUUCUCCUGCAUGUCCCACCAUGCUGCUUCUCCUGCAUGUCCCCCCAUGCUGCAUGUCCCUCCAUGAUGUAUCCCCUCUCCACGUCCUGCAUGGCCCCCAUGCAGCUUCUCCUUUAUAGCCCCCAUGCUGUUCCCCCUGUAAGUCCCCCAUGCUGUUUCUCCUGUAAGUCACCCAUGUUGUUCUCCUGUAUGUCCUCCAUAUGCUAACUCUGUGGCUAUUCAAAUACAGCAUGCUCUGAGGACUGUAAGAGUGCAGGGUCAGUGUAGCAGGGCUGCUGUCUGUAAUUCCUGGUGAAUGCAGGCAGAAGCAGAGCUGUUUUUUUUUAACCAUUCCAGGUACUUAGACACGUGCACUAAGUUUCAACAUAAUGAAUGAGGUUUUAUCUAUUUGUAGUAAAUAGGUAGACAAUGCAUUGGGCACCCCUCUGCACACAAUGGGCUAAUGUUGAACUCCACAUUGCAAUGUAAUACCAGCAAUGGAUUUAAUUAAGUCUAUUAUUUAGUAUCAAUACAAUUGAUUUGGAUUUAAUAUCUUUUAAAUCAAACCUGACUCCAGGACUGGGAGAGUUGUGAGCCUUUAACUGAUUUUGAUAUAGAAGUCCUAUCAUCCUUGGCCAGCUUUAUUUUGAGUAGUGAGAAUGUUGUGGUCAACUGUUGUAGGGCUUUAAAAACUUGUUUUGCGAUUUACAUUUAGAUCCCUACAAACCACAGAUGCAAGCAGGAAGUACUAUUGCAAAAUGUAUUACCUUAAAUUUGAAAUUCACUUUGCAUUCUCACUGUAGUGAAUAUCCCACUUAGAGUUCAAUCACUGUACGGUGAUUUGUGGUGAAUUUUAAUCCAAAUGUAAAAAUUGGGUUUAAAAUAGCCAAGCUGUAAUUAUAGAUGGAUAUAGAGAUAUUUAGAAUUCCAAAUUUUCUUACUGUUGGUGGGCUCUCUACCCACUGAAAGAGCACCUACAUUGCCGGGUCCCAUCCCCAAAGGACCAGGAUCCAAACUGGAUCAGAUCAGUUCCAUACAACCAGCAUUAAAACAAUGCAGAAGCUUACAGUGCAUGGGGGUAAGAGCUUAGACCAAGGGUGCCCAAAAGGUAGAUCCCCAGAUGCUGUUGAACUACAACUCCCAUGGUGCUUUGCAUGCAUUUAGAAUGGGAACGCACCAUGGAAGCUGUAGUUUUAAAACAUGUGGAUCUACCUUUUGGACACCCCUGUCUUAGACAAUGUCUGUCUUGUUGCCCCCUCUCCCAUCCUCAGUGCACUGUCAACUUCUACAUUGGUUUAAUGUUGGUUGGAUGGAAUCAAGCAAUUUCUUUAAUACGUAAUCGAGCCUGGAUGCUAGUCUUUUACUCGGAACUUGGCACCAUAGCUGCUCUUAAAUCAGCAAUUUUUGGUCUAAAUUCUUCAGUUAUGCUCUCCAUUCACUACAAUGUACAAUAUAAUAAUUUAGAUAUGUUAAUUCAGUUUCCUUCCCAGAUUUCCAGAAUUUCUGUUAUAUUGACUAGUCCAAUUACAAAUAAUAGCAAAAAUAGUUAACUUAAAAGUAUUCUUUUUUUUUCUUCAUUAGAACUCCUGUAGCAGGCAAAAAAAAAAAUUGCUGUUUCCUCCUUUUAAAAAUAUGUUCACUCAUUCCUGCACAUGAUUACGUCACAAUAUGAAAUUCAUUUUUUUUAGAAAGCAAAACUGAAACGAAAUGCAGUGUAUAUAUAUAUAUAGAUAUAAUAGUAAUGUAAACACUCCUGAGCUUAAAGCAGCUCUGUCACUUCUUGGUUUUAUCAGAGUCUGUACAGAUGUUUAAAUAGCAACUGGAUCCAUGCUUGCCAAAACAUAAUUUAAAUUUGUGCAGUAAUCGUUUCUUGAUCUAAGGAGAGAUCUCACUGCCAUUCUGGAGUCAAGAAGGCAUCAGGUAGGUAGACCUAACCUUUACUGCACCCCAUGGCCCUGGACUCUAACUGGAAAUGUCUCCAUCAAGGGAAAAUUUUGCCAAGACCCUGAAAGUGACAGAUCUGCUUUAAAGAAAAACUAAAAUAUAUAUUUUUUAAAUGGAUAUGUUAAUUGGAACCAUAAUAGGAAGAGCCAAAUUAAAAGUUCUAGGAAAGGAAAAAUAUGAAUUUUGUAUUUAACAAUGUUAAAUACAAAAUAGGAAACUAAUGAAUUCCAAGAACGGGUCAUGUUACCAAUAAUUUCAAACAUAACUUUUAUUCCUAAUAUUAAAGGAACACUAUAGGGUCAGGAACCCAAACAUAUUUUCCUGACCCUAAAGUGUUAACACCAUCUAGCCCUCCUGGAUCCCUCCCUAAAUAUAGCAAAAUGUUUCUUUUAUUUUAGUCUGCUGUUGCUGGCUCUACCCCUGAUCUACCUGCUUGGCUGACAUCAUCAAAAGUGGUGUUCUCAGCCACUCACAAUGCUUUCCAGUAGGAAAGCAUUGGAUUGGCUGUGAUUGCCAAGGAGGCAUAUCAGGGGCAGAGCCAGCACAAGUCAAACACAGCUGUGGCCAAUCAGCAUCUCCUCUUUGAGAUGCAUUGAAUUAACGUAUCUCUAUGAGGAAAGUUCAGUGUCUCCAUGCAGAGGGUGGAGACACUGAAUGGCAGCCCCCUGUGCAGCACUGUCCCAGGAAUCACCUCUAUCAGCCAUCUGAGGAGUGGCUUCCUAUUACAUUUUUUUUAAUUGAUAGGAAAAAAAAGCCCUAAAGCUCACUUUUGUUCUUGCGCAGAGGGAGGCUCCUCACGGCUGCCCGAUCAUCAAUCUUGAUGUUUUUGUUCAGUUAGAUGCUUCUCAUAGGGAAACAGUGAGGACACAUGGCAACUGCUGCGAUCUGCAAAUCCAAUGUUUUUUUUCUCUAUUUAAUGUACUCUACUUUUCUUGGAAGCCCCUAGUGACCCCUAGUGAAAUGUAAACAGUGCUGAUUCUCAGAAAUGGCACUGUUUUCAUUUGCAAGGCUGCAGCUGUAGCAUCUAUGCCACAAAACAACUUCAUUAGGAUUAACUGAUUUUGAUGUUUAGACUGUUCCUUUCAAGGGACACUCUAAGAACCAUAACCACUACAAUUAAUUGCAGUGGCUACGGUGCCAGGAGAUAAUGGAUGCUAUCGCCCAGGUUUCUGCUGCAGCUAACAUUAUUGCCAUGCAAGGCUGGAAACAUUUGUAUGAUAGGGUCACUCAUUAGCGUGAAUUGCCAUUGAUUAAUAAUAAAUGUAAAAUUAUAGGCUGAAAGUGCUAAAUUGGAAAAAUUCUCAACAGCCAAAGGGCCACAUGUAUCAAUGUAUCAACUUCAGUAAAUAACCCUGAUAAUGUGCCAGUGAGAGCUACGAUAGUUUUUAGACAAUUUCAUAACAGUUUGAUGUAAAAUCGGAAGAAAGAUACCACAAUUAGACUCAUAACCACUACAGUGAACCAUAUAAACUGCUUAGGGUCCUUAAAGUGCCCUCCUCUCUUUUUUUCCAUAUUUUUUAUGACAUUUAUGACCUUCAAAGUAACAUUAAUUAUACUAUGAAGCUAUCCAUAUUUUUUAUAUUUUCUAUAACAAUCUCUUUGAGGACCAAUACAUCAGUAUAAUUAAAGUGUUACUCCGGCACCAUAACCACAACAGUGGGCUAGUGCUCAGAGUACCCUGACCUGGUUUCCCGGUAAAGGGGCAAACUGUUUAGCAAUGGUUUGUUCCCUUACCUGAGUCCUGUAAUAGGGAAAUACAGGGAUCUCGAUAGAUUUUGUAUGAGGGCAUAGGGAGGGAAUAACCCUCAGUAAAAAUUAUUUUGACAGAGUGGAGACUUUGCCCACAAACACUUGAGUGUAUACAUAAGUUACAAAUGUAUUUUAUCCUUUAUUAAAGUUAUUUUAAAAAACUAAAAUUUUAAUCACACAAUAGAGAGAUCAAAAAUAAUAUGUAUUGUGAGAAACUUAAUAAAACAAAAAGUUUAAGGAAAAAGAAAGGGGGAAGGGAAAAAUUUUUUAUAUAUACAGAUUAGCUCUAGCUAAAUGAAGAUCACUAGUGCUGGCAAUCAGCCAGAUUGUUUAACAAAGAUGGCAACAUAUGUGUCAAAGUGUUGCUUAUCCUGAGAGUAACCAGUUAGGUAUUAAAGAACCAGUAUAGUGCCAGGAAAACAAACUUGUUUUCCUGGCACUAUGUAGUCCUUAGGUCCCCCCCACCCUCACGGCCCCCCUCCAUUUUAGGGGUUAAAACCCCUUUAGCCACUUACCUUACUCCAGCGCCGAGAGAGCCCCGGCUGGUGACCUCUCCUCCUCCUGCCAACGUCAGCGUCGAAUACGCAUGCGCGGCAAGAGCUGUCCGCGCAUUCAAACCGCCCAUAGGAAAGCAUUAAUCAAUGCUUUCCUAUGGACGUCAGCGUCUUCUCACUGUGAUUUUCAUGGUGAGAACCGCCUCUAGCGCCUGUCAGUGAGACAGCCACUAGAGGCUGGAUUAACCCUCAGUGUAAACAUAGCAGGUUAUCUGAAACUGCUAUGUUUUCAGCUGCAGGGUUAAAACUAGAGGGACCUGGCACCCAGACCACUUCGUUGAUCUGAAGUGGCCUGGGUGCCUAUAGUGUUCCUUUAAAGUGUUAAAGUGACUGUUAAAAUAGCCGAGAUUCUGAUUAGUUUAUAAGCUAGAGUAAGCUUUUAGUCAAGUUCGUUAGUGCUGGCAAUCAGUCAAGCUAGUUUUGAAUGUAAUACCCAAAUGUCGUCGAGUUUGCUUAACAGUUAAGGAUAUAUUCAAAGAAAUAGUAAAGGGCUAAUUAACCAGUACUUUAGCUAAUUAUCUAGAGAGAUAGUGAUCCAGAUAGUGUUAAUGCAAAUGAUAGAAGACUGUCUAAUAGAGAUGCUAGUAUAGGGUAGAUGAAAUAAGCUGUGUUUUUAAUAAGUAGCUAAUCUUCUAAUAAAAUUGAAUUUCUAAGCUUCUAAUUAUUAUGCAGCAAUUAUCUGGAGUUGUGUUGUAGAAGAUAUAGUAUCCUAUGCUGUGCCUUCCUGGGCACCUAUCGUCUGAGGAGAUUAAGGUUGCUAUAAUAAACACAGCUUCUAUCAGGAUUAAUUUUAUCAGUAGAUAAUGGCUCAGUCAACCCGCGGCUUCUUAGAAGUUAUAAACAUGUUGGAAUAUCUAUAAACUAGUGUGUAUAUAAAAGUUAAAAUACAAUAAAAAAUACUUAAUAAAAGCUGGCUCAGACUAAGAACGUAGAAUGGAUAAGGAGUAGUGUAAGCUGGAUACAAAUUCUGACUGUUUUCUUGCCCCUUCUUUAAAAUGCCCAGGAUGCAGGUACUUGAUUAAAAAGGGUUUAUUUAACAAGAUAAAAACAGCAGCAAAAAUCCAAAUCAGCUACAGCAGUCUCCAUACACUGACGCGUUUUAGCUUACAGCUUUUUUCAAGUGUGUUGACACACUUUGAAAAAAAGCUGUAAGCUGAAACGCGUCAGUUCUUAGUCUGAGCUAGCUUUUAUUAAGUGGCUCAGAAAUAUGUGAGUUUAUACAUUUAUUCACUAUUUUAAACCGUUUUGUACGUUUUUACCCUAUGUUUUGACAAAAGGGUAAUAAUAUAUGCUGGUUUUGUGCGUGCUCUCACCAUUUAUAUCACUAUUAUGUUGGAAUAUCUGUGUGCCGAAAGUACGGCUAAAUAUCAUGAUGAGAGAUGAAGCCUUACCUGAGUCCCUGCCAAGCUCCAAUGCUCCCAGUGAUGCUCCUGGCUUCUGCAAAGCUUCUCUCAACCAAUGACUGACAUUCUGUACAACGAAUGUUGUAUAGAAUUUACAUUAGCGACCCCGGAACUCUAGUUCCAAACUGGCUGAUGACACCCCUUGACGCUGCCAGAGGUGGCAUUACACCUCCAGAAGCUAAGAGGUUAAUCUCUGUAUGUGUAGCGUUUUAAAGCAAAGGCAGGCAGCCACUUCAAAUCACUGAAAUGGUCAUGUGAUUGGAGUAAUCCUUUAAAAAGAACAUUGUGUUGGAACUCUAGUUCCAUAAAAAACAUAGUAGAGAAGGUUUAAAUAUUAAAAUGUCAAUUUUAAAGAAAAUAUAAUAAUGCACUGGAGAAAAAAUAAACUGCAACUAGGUAAAUCUGAGCAUUAAUUUGUGGCUAGAAGGAUUUAAAUAAUAGGAGUAGGUGAUGUGUAGAGUCCCACAGGGGGGAAACCAACAUCAGGAGAGCUCCACUGUAUAAGAAAUGAGGAAGGGAGGCCCUACCUUUAAUCAAUCUAAGGAUAAAAAGGGAUAUGCAAACAAAAAGUAUAAUUUGAAAAAAAGGAAGAUCUGCUAAAUGGUGCCCAGGGGAUCAAUUGUCUGGAGUACUAGCUAGCAUCUAAGUUCCAGUUCCCCCAGAGUCCGACUGACAGGAAGGUAGUGUAAACAAGGUUAGAAGAGGCACAGAGUCCCCAGAGAACAAGGGACCGGGUAAUCAGGUCUAAACGCAGAUGAAAAGCCUCACACACAAAAUAAAUAAAUCUCUCAAUUCACCCUAAAAGUUACCUCGACACUGGGGUCUAACCACUAGUGUCUACCUGAACCAACUCUCCCUACUAAAGUUAUAAGUAAAUUAAUAAACACCUAAAAUCAAUAACCAUAGUGGUAACAAAAAUAAAAAGUGCUACCAAGUGCUGAGAUUAAAGAAAAAGAAGGAUUUAAAUAUAAUGGUUAAAGUUGCCUGAAAAGUUACUUUGUUCUCCUUACAAUCAAGUGUUGGUGAGUACUGGCUUGUACUGGCCAGAGUCUCAUUUUCACAGCAGGACUACUCGCUUUGGUAAUAGGUUUGCUCUUUCAGUUUGUUCAUGUGUUGGAACUGCUAAUGAGAUGGUUAGUUCACAGAGUUGCACGAUUCCGAUGAGCUCAGCAGGAGGGAAAUUAAUUUAGCCUUAUGUAUUUGUAUAGUGGCAGCUGAAGUUCAGGUCCGUUUAGAUCUUUGCGAUUGCGUUUAACUUACUUUGGGAAGAUUCUGCUGAGUUUGGUUUUAGGUCUAGAGACUGAAAUAGAGUUUAGUUAGAACCUGUUGGUUCUUAAAGCACAGGGCAGAGCUGAGCUUGCUACAAUCCUGCUUAGUUUAAAUGAAUACUCCAAGCACCAUAACCACUACAACACAUUUCCAGGAGUGCCUUAGCCCCUCCCCCAAAUGUAAGUAGUCAAACCAUUUGGUAAUUUGUUACAUGGGGUCCUAUGUGUGCUGCUCUUUUUUUCUCUUGUAAACAUAAGAUAAAGUAGUAAUUGUGACAAAAUGGUGGAGCUUAAGGCAAGGUCCACUUGUUUUGUUAAGCUAACAAGGAGUGAAACUUGCUUUAAGCUCCAUCCUUUGUCAAGAGUGUCAAGCAGUGGUGUAUCCUGGUUUUGUGCUGCCCUAGGCAGGACAAAACUCAGGCACUCACCUCCCCCCGCGCCACCCCCACCCAACCCUUCCCCCCUGCCCCAUCUUCUAAAUAUACACACACACACAAACAGUCAGACACACACACAAUUAGACACACACACAGUAAGACACAAACACACACAGUCAGACACACACACACACACACAGACACAAACACACACACACAGUCAGACACACACACACACACAGUCAGACACAAACACACACACACACAGUCAGACACAAACACACACACAGUCAGACACACACACACACUCAGUCACACACACAGUCAGACACAAACACACACAGUCAGACACACACACAGUCAGACACACACACACACAGUCAGACACAAACACACACAGUCAGACACAAACACACAGUCAGACACACACACACAGUCAGACACAAACACACACACACAGUCAGACACACACACACAGUCAGACACAAACACACACACACACAGACACACACACACACACACAGUCAGACACACACACACUCACAUUAACACUUUUUUUUAAUUUAACCCCUCCCCCCUGCCUCCUUACCUUUGGGAAUGCUGAGGGGGGGUCUCUGUCCCUGAGGGUCCAGUGGCUGCCGGUGGGGCUGAUGGGCUGGAUGCUGGGCGGGCGGCUGGCGAGGGAGCACUUCCCCUGAGCGGUCUGCUCAGCUCCCUCGCGCGCCUCAGAGUGAGGCUGGGAGCCGGAAUAUGACGUCAUAUCCCGGUUCCCAGCCUCACUCUGCGGUGCGUGAGGGAGCUGAGCAGACAGCUCAGGGGAAAUGCUCCCUCACCAGCCGCCUGCCCGGCAUGUUAGUUAGCCGCGAGGCUAACUAGGCAUUUGGGGGGCGGCGUUUUUUGCCGCCCCCUGAAAAAUGCCGCCCUUGCGGCUAAUACGUCCCUGGUGUCAAGUGUAGGAAAAAUACAUAAGACAAAGUAGCCCCUCCUUUGUUUUAUGUUUUAAAGACAAAUAAAACAGAAAUGAAGAAAAGAAUAACAGAUUCUGAGAGAGGAAGAGAAGAGGAAACAAUAGUAGAAAGGUACUUGGGGGGCAGAGCCGCUUUAAGCAGGAAUGGCAGCUCUCUGCCUACAACAGCAGUGGAACGGCAGCAUCGGGGCCUGAAGGCCCCAUCAUGUUAUGAUUCCCUUUUAUUCCAGAAGUUUGGUCCUUAAGGGGUUAAGUUAGGGAAUGUUCAAAGCUCGGUAACUUCAGUGUCAUCUAAAAUGGAAAAAAAUAGUUGUAAAACAAGUGCACAUCAAACGCUUUGCGAUUUCUUGUAAAGUUUUAAACACCCCGGGCAUUUCCUGACUUGUCAUUGCCAGCCUGUGAAAUUAUCCUCUAAAUUUCUCAACAAAGACAAACUCACAAAACAUGUUUGGGUCUUGUUUUACAGGUGUUUAAAUCAAUUACGAGCUUAAUAUCCUAACUGAUUGAGUCUUGGAGAAACUAGCAAGAACGGACACACAGUUUUUGGUUUUUUAAAAUUCUUUUUUGAUAUGUUGCAUACGAAAACCAGUAAUGGUACAAGGAGCACAUGAUAUUAUGUGUGUACAAAUAAUACAUUUAUUUUCAUCAGGUUCAUGUGACGUAUAGAAGCAUUUUGGUAUACAUUUGAAAGGUUUCAUUCCUCCGAAAUGGAAAGUAGACGUUCACAUGAAUACUAGAGUAACCGUUUUUUUGUAGUUUUUUUAUUCAGGGAAACCAGUUUAGCAGUUAAAGGUUCAUGUGUGCUUGGGACAGAGUGGGGGUUGCGUGAUUUUGUGCACAACGUACUAUUUGAAAUUGGAGGUUCAAACGUAAAUAAUGUCAUAAUAAAACAGAACUAGGCAAAGAAACGAAAAAAACUAGAAACAAACACGUUUUUCCAUCUCUCACGACUCCUUCGAUAUGCCUUUAUUGGACUUGUAAAAUAGUGAAUUGGGUCUAGUGUCUCACAGUACCUAUUGGCAAUAGCUUCUUAUUUUGUGAGCUGUGAUUCAUUUAGUUAUGGGUCACAAAUCUUAUGAAAAUGUUUGAAAGUUUCAUGGAUUUUUGCCGUCAGUCUAUCUAUCUCAAUGGCCUCUUUUAUCUUAUGUCUGUGGCACACUGUUUUAAGAUAAUUUAUGUCAGUAUAUUGCGUUGGGCUGUACAGCGGCCUAUCAAGAUGUCACACUGCGGCACAAUAUGUAGAUGACUUAUCUUUGUUGUAUAAGCUAAUUUCACGUGGGAGACUUGUUGUUAUAAAGGGUCCAGAAUAUUGUUAAAUGCCUGAAGAUUCCGUUGUUUUGUUUUAUACCAAAGGUUUGAAAUCUCUGCCUUAACAGAUGCUAUGGACUACAUCUCCCAUGAUGCACUUCUAAACUUUUACCAGAUUAAAUACCUUUUGGUUGGUAGAACAUUAUGAGCAAUGAAACUGCUUAACGUGCUCACUAUAUAGGUUAUAACUCUAACUCUACUUCCAGAGUACACGUGAUUUUGCUCUACAUUAUUCCUUUACAUACUGUUUAGGGGCAAAGGCUCUUAUUUAUACGUGACUUUAACUUUUCCCGCGCUUUAUUGUUUUCAGAGCGAGCUUUGAACAGGAUCAAAGUUCCUUUUUACUUUUUAACUUUGUGUACUGCCCUUUAUUCCAGUGCCUAUCCAACUCUAUUUCUUUAUCAGUUUCCCGAAUAAAAAGGCCACUACUAGGCAAUAUGUCAGGGAGCACACUGAGCACAAAUACAUUGCACAGUACACAGUUUAGGCAGUUGCAUACGGGCACCUGUUUGCCAUAGGAAAAUACCUAAAUAUAAAAAUUUUCAUUUUGCUUUAUAUACUUACCUUCUCCUGUUGGCUACUCGCACCCUUAUGGCUAAAAUGAGCUUAGAAGACUUCUCGCAGAUGGCUCCUUUCCUUUCAGACAGCCUACCUACCCCAAAGUCAAGAACUGCACUCAAUUCACAUACUUAGGUGCAACCGAACAAGCAGAAAGCCCACAAAUGUAGUCAGUAGUCAAAGAAGAGAGGCCCAGGCACUCCAAAGUAUAAAUAGACAAAUUUAUUGGACCCAAGUGUCCACCAACGUUUCGACCAAAAAAGCUUGAAAAAGACCUUCUUUGGUUGAAACGUUGCUGGACACUUGGAUCCAAUAAAUGUGUCAAUUUAUACCUGCAGCCUAGUGUUCAAUCGUUUCAGAAGUCCCUCAAAACCUAUCUCUUCAGAAAAGCUUAUGGCCUCCCAGGGUGACUUCUAUUUCACAAACCUGUCUCUUGCUCUCUCCAAAAGGACCACACUCCAUUCUCACAUCCAGUUCUGCUACAUUCCCACCUUGUUGCUUAGUUGCUUGCUAUCCCCAUCAAUUCCCUUCUUGUUGUGUUUUUUUUACCCCACAUCCUUUAGAUUGUGUCUUGUUUGAGCAGGGACCUCAUCAACCUGUUGUUCCUGUAACAUUUUGUAACUGUUUCAUUUAUUGUAAAAUUUCCCCAUAUUAAUAAUAUUAUACAGCGCUGCGGAAUAAACUGGCGCUAUAAAAAUUGCAAUAAUAAUAAUGAUAUAUAUAUAUAUAUAUAUAUAUUUGUUAAUCCAAGAGGGCUGCAGUCACCGGAACAUGCAGGGGUGGGGCCUAACAAGAGGGGGUGGGAUCUACAUGAGGAACUGAGCCUAUUUACAAAGCACCUGGGCGGUCAGCACCCCACCAGUAACGGCUCUGGGCAGGGCCGCCAUCAGGGGUUGACAACGCUCGCUAGAGUUAAUGGGAGAGAGGCGCUGAAUGGGCAGGCGCAGUGUGCCAGGGCCCCACCAUGCCACCGGACCACCAGGGAAUGGAAUCCCAUCCCCCUCCCUGGACACAGGUAAGAAGCAGGGAGGGGGGGAAUAACAUUUACGUAAAUUUAAUUUAAAAUUAAUGUGAAAAAAAUGCCCCCUUUUCCCCCGCAGAUUGCAGGCCCUAGUUUGCACAUUUACACACACUAAUACAACACACACUCUGCAUACACUACACUGACACACACUCUGCAUACUCUAGUACAACACACACUCUGCAUACACUAGUAUAACACACACUGCAUACACUACACUGACACACACUCUGCAUACACUAGUACAACACACUCUGCAUACACUACACUGACACACACUUUGCAUACACUAGUACAACACACACUCUGCAUUCACUAGGACAACACACACACGCUGCAUACGCUGCACUGACACACACUCUGCAUACACUAGUACAACACACACACUCUGCAUACACUACACUGACACACACUCUGCCAGGGUUGGGCUGGGCCAGGGGGCCGGGAGGCAAUUGCCCCCCAGGCUGCCUUAAAUCGUUUGAAAAACGGGCGCUGCAAGGCCUGGGCGCCAGGAGGAAGGUGGUUCCGCGCUGAGCAGGCCGAUGGCCUGUCACAGGAAGCCCAGCAGGUGGCCAGCUGGCCACCUAGGGCGCCCGGUAGCAAGGCAGAGUAGGCACCUGCUUGUCCCAUAUGGCAGGUGCCUACUCUGCAGCACUAUACCAGAAUGGAGUGUGGAAGGAGGAAGGCGACGGCAAGGGAGCACUGCCUCUGCUGAUGAUCUUCCUGCUUCCUCGCACGCCCUCUCUGGUGAUGCCGGGAGCCGGAAUAUGACGUAAUUCCGGCCCCGCAUCACUAAACUGCACGAAGGAGCAGGAAGAUCAUCGAAGACACUGGACCCUGGGGAGAGGCCCCAGAGGACUUCUGAAGGUAGGAGCAACACUGUGUGUCUGUCAGUAAGUGAGUAUGUGUCUGGAAGUGUGUGUGUGUCUAUCAGUGAGUGUGUGUGUGUGUGUGUGUGUGUGUUUCUGUCAGUGAGUGUGUGUAUAUAAAUUUGUAGAAAAUGAUCAAGGCACUCCAAUUGUUUCCAAUUUUUAAGGCAAUUUAUUUGGACCAGGAACUACAAAGCUUUGUAGUUCCUGGUCCAAAUAAAUUGCCUUAAAAAUUGGAAACAAUUGGAGUGCCUUGAUCAUUUUCUACAAAUGUAUCUGCUUGGUCCUUUUGGGUACUGGGACUUUUUCAAGAGCACCCUGGAUUCCUUAGUGAGGAGCUGAGUGCACUUCCAGAUUUGAUGAUACAGUGAGUGUGUGUAUGUCUGGAAGUGAGUGUGUGUCUGUCAGUAAGUGUGUGUGUGUGUAUCUGUUUGUCUGGAAGUGUGUGCGUGUGUGCCUGGAAGUGUGUGCAUGUGUGUCUGGAAGGGAGUGUGUGUGUCUGAAAGUAAGUGUGUCUGUCAGUAAGUGUGUGUGUGUGUCUGUGUCUGGAAGUGUGUGUGUGUCUGGAAGUGAGUGUGUGUCUGUCAGGGCCGUCUUUCCGCAUGGGCAUGCUGGGCAGUUGCCCGUGGCCCAACAGGCAUGGGGGCCCUACCACGCUGCCCAGCAUGCCCGGACGACAGUUUUCUGGGAGAGAGGUAGCUAGGACCCAGGGCUGCAGGAGAGGCUGACCUGUAAGGCAGAUCGCUCCUCCCGCAAGCAGGCUGUGUGGAGCGGUGCCGCACAUUACCAUGGCAAUGCUCCACACAGCAUUCAGCGCGCAGGAGGACAGGAGACAGGCUGCAGCCAGACAAGCUGCAGGCUGUACAGAAUUCACAACUGGACCACCACGGCUGGCUGUGUCCCAGCCUCUUUCACCAAAGGUAAGAAGAAGGGUGGGGGUACAUAUAGAUUUUAUUUAAUGUAUAGUAGCAUUAAAAAAACAAAAAAACAUUUGCUACCUGCACCCCUCAAACACACACACAGCCCCAACACACAUAUAGCACUCCACACACACGCAGCACCCCACUCACUUAGCACUCCACACACACACACACACAGCACCCCACAUUCACAUAGCACUCCACACACACACAGCACCACACACACACUGCACCUGUACACACAAACACAUACACUGCACCCCUCACUGCAGUGUGUGUAUUCAGCAGUCUGUGUGUGUGUUCAGCAGUCUGUGUGUGUGUUCAGCGAACUGUGUAUGUAUUCAGCCGUCUGUGUGUAUGUUUGUGUGUGUUUGUAUUCAGCGGACUGUGUGUAUAUAUUCAGGACUCUCUAUGUGUACUCAGCAGUCUGUCUGUGUGUGUAGUCAGCAGUCUCUGUGUGUGUGUCUAUUCAUCAGUCUGUAUGCGUGUAUUCAGCAGUCGGUGUGUGUAUGUAUUCAGCAGUCGGUGUGUGACUGUAUUCAGCACGCUCCCCCUUGUGGCUCCGGUGCUCAGUUAGUGAGUCAGAGCACAGGCUCAGAGAUUCUUGGCCUGCGCUCUAGCAACAUUGAAAGUCAGAGCCGCAAAGAAGUGGGUAUGGCAAAGAGCUACUGAUUAGCAUAACAUCAAUAUCCGUUAUAAAACCAUGAAAAGGUGGGCAUGGAUGGUGAGCUGAUUCGGGGGUGCAAUGGGCCACUUGACUGGAGGCUGCCAGCCCUCCCCUGCACUCUGCAUUCACUACCCUAACACACAAUCUGCAUCCACUACCCUAACACACACUCUGCAUUCACUAUACACACAGCAUCCACUACACACACAUUCGGCAUUCACUAUACUCACACUACAUCCACCAUACAUAAACACACUGCAUUGAUUAUACACACACUCUGCAUCCAUUACACACAUUCUAAUUCUACAUCUACUAUACAAACCACAUUCAGUCCUGAAUCCUUGUGGGCGGACUCAGAAAGAGCCCCAGGCCCGGACUGGCCAUCGGGCACACCGGGCAGAUGCCCGGUGGGCCGCGGUGGCCACGGGCCGAGGCCGGCAGGGGAGGUCUCAGGACAUCCCCUGCCGGUCUAUGCAGGGCCGGCACUAUCCGAGCGCCGGCCCCGCUGUGUUCCAUGAAGGGCCGGUGGGGAGAUCAAAGAUCUCCCUCACCGGCCCACAUGCGCUAGAGUUCACUUACCACGAGGACCACCAGGGAUGGCUGGCAGCAGUAAGACUUAUUAUGUAUUUAUUAGUAUGUAUUAUUAUGUAUUUAUUAUUAUUAUGUGUUAUUAUGUGUUAUUAUGUAUUUAUUAUUAUUAUUUAGUAUGUAUUUAUUAGUAUGUAUUUUUAUGUAUUUAUUAUUAUUAUUUAUUAUUAUGUAUUUAUUAGUAUGUAUUAUUAUGUAUUUAUUAUUAUUUGUUUUUAUUAUUAUGUAUUUAUUAUUAUUUUUUAGUAAAACACCUACCUGCCUCCCCCAAUACAAAAUCCUUGCAAACACACACAUCACCCUCAACCAGCACCCUAACACACACACACAGCACCCUAACACACACACAGCACCCUAACACCAGCACCCCAACACACACACAGCACCCUAACACCAGCACCCUAACAUUGACACAUCACCCUAACACACACACAGCACCGUAGCACUCACACAGCACCCUAACACACACACAGCACCCUAACAUCAGCACCCUAACAUUGACACAUCACCCUAACACCAGCAUCCUAACAUUGACACAUCACCCUAACACACACACAGCACCGUAGCACUCACACAGCACCCUAACACACACACAGCACCCUAACAUUCACACAGCACCCUAACACCAGCACCCUAACAUUGACACAUCACCCUAACACACACACAGCACCCUAGCACUCACACAGCACCCUAGCACACACACAGCACCCUAACAUACACACAGCACCCUAACACUCACACAGCACCCUAACACCAGCACCCUAACAUAGACACAUCACCCUAACACACACACAGCACCCUAGCACUCACACAGCACCCUAGCACUCACACAGCACCCUAGCACACACACAGCACCCUAACACAUACAGCAACCUAGCACACACACACACAUCACCCCAACACACACAGCACCCCAACACACACAGCAUCCCAACACACACAUCACCCUCACUCACACAGCACCCUCAAAUGCACAGCGCCCUCACACACAGCGCCCUCACACAGCACCCUCACACACACAUACUGCACCCCCUCACACAUAUACUGCACCCUCCCACACACAUACUGCACCCCCUCACACACACAGCACCCUCCCACACACACUAUACUCCUCACAAAUGCACACUACACCCCUCACACACACAGCACCCCCCAAACACACUGCACCACUCACACACUCACUAGAUCUCCUAUACGCACUCCUGAGUCCUUCAAACACACACUAGAUCCCCUACACACAGAUGCUGCACCACUUACACACACACUACAUUUCUGACAUACACACUCAGGAUCCCCUAUGAACACACUAGAUACCCUUUAAGCAAACACAUAGUGUCUCCAUAAAUGUGAUACAGUGAGUAUUCCAAUUAUGGAAACCCCUGAGACAAGUUUCAAGCAAACACAAUGCAAGUAUGUUAUUAAAUUUGCUUGCGCUGUGCAGAUCAAAUACAGGGCCCUUUUCUCAUGCCCUGGAAGAGCAUUGAACCAACAUGCUCACUUUGAGAUGGGGCGUGCUUGUCAUUGGGGAUGACAAAACACACCCUAUCUGGCCCGCCCCCUUUUCAGUGGGCCGCUGUAAUUAAAAAUGCCUGGGCCAAAUUUUUUCCCCAGUCCGGCCCUGAAGAGCCCUAUGGGCAGACCCAGGGGGAGUUUUGUUAGGGGCCUCAAAAUUUCUGAUGGGAGCCCUGGCUCUGGACGUUAGGUUCUAGAAUAGAACCUGCCUAAAAUGGGGUACAUUGGUGUUGUGGCAGGCUUAUGCAUUGUGUGAUCAUAUAUUGUAACUAAACCCCCAUUAUUUUUGCCUAGGUUAGGGUUGUAAAAAAUUGUUUUUUUUUAAAACUGUUACAUUCUGUGAGCUUUGAAAUUGCUGAGAUCUGUAUACUACACAGGGUACCACAAAUUUUGCUUUGUUUCCCACAAGUCUGCUAUGUGUCACUGAGCCUUCAAUGUACACAUUUUAAGUCAUGACAUUCAAUUGGAAAGUUUAUAAGUCUGAGAUAUGUUUUCAUCAAAAUGCACCAGCACUACAUCAUAGCAACGGUACUGUUUAUAACACAAUGCUAGAAGUUUUAAGGGUUAGGGGUAUUUAGCAUUUAGGUGUCUUAGGGUUAAAGGUGUCUUGGGGAUACCUGCCUUUAACAUGCUGUGGAUUGUAACUCCCAUAAUUCUUGCCAGAAAAAAAGCUCCUCUAUCUACCCAUAAUUCUUUUUAAUGCAGUAACACAGGGGUCAGCAACCUACGGCACGUGUGUAAACCGGGUGGUGAUUGCAGGCGGUAAAGGACAAUCUUCAAUUUAUGCAUUGCAGCAUUUAGAGGAAGUGAUCUCAGAUCACUAUAUGCCAGCAUUGGUGAACGAAACCCCGCACUGGAGUAGAGCAACCUGCAGCAGCUAUUGCAGCUCCUGCCCUUCACCUGUACCUUGCUAGCUAAUAUGCCUCUCACUUAUACAAAUAAUAGAAACAGUCCACACACAAACACAGUCCCCACAAACACAACACUAUGGACUGUCCACAUACACGGACAAACACACAUAUACCCAAACCAAACACACAAUGUGACAUUUCAUCCACACACAAUUCCACAAGCAGCCCCUAUACAUAGCUCACAUUCAUAGGUAUCAUACAAAAUGUCACAAACUACCCAUGAACUAAUUCUAUACAAUGUAACAGCCCACAUAGGCACAAAUACAAUGCUACAGAGCAACUGCAGCACCCACAAAUAACACAAGCAGAAUACGGCAACAUACACACUCAAUUUAACAAAAAUAGUACCAGCACUCCAAUGGACUUCAAAAUCUCCAUUUGGCACAGUACUGCUAAAAGGUUGCCUACCCCUGUAGUAACAUCAUUGUGUCUCUUUAAUAACGUUCUCGUUUUGGCAUUUAUACAUUUAUAUAAUUAAAGUGAAUUAUCCAGAAGGAUAAUGAUUUUGUUAUCAAAACCAGUGCAACGCCGUUUUGGGACACAUGAGAAUGAUAUGUGCUUACAUUAGACAUGAGAUUGUACAAACUGCUCUCUCAUGUGCAAAAUAAUGUCAGAGCUCUCUUUAAUUGCACAAUUAAAGGAAAAAGGAAGAUGCCAAGAAUCAUAACCAGUAAAACUUUCUGUAGUGGUUAUGGUGCCAUGAGUGACCUGCCCUCUCCCCGUCUCCAAAUGGAACAUAGUCACACUGUUUUAGAAUGGUUUCACUUCUGACCUCGGUCAGCCAUGCACUGCUCCCCGUCUCCACUACUUCAGAGUUAAACCUAGCUAAAAUGCUCAGCCAAUGAGCUACCUCUACCCUGCAGGGCUUAGCUUGAAGGAGCCAACAGACUCCUAAGCAGGAGCUUCCAUCUCUCCUGGUAACUGAGAAGCAGCCUGCGGACACCAGGUAGGAAGUCAAGUGAGCUGUGGUGGUUAUGGUGCUUGGGGUGUUCCUUUAAAGGGGCACUCUAGGCACCAAAACAACUUCACUGACGCUCCCUGCUAAUCAGUGACUUCCCAUUCCCAACACUGGUUAUGAAAGAGACUUACAUUUCAAAGCCAGUUUUAUGAAUGUGAAGUCACUGAUUGGCUGACAGGUGACCGCUCUCAGCCAAUCAGCAGCUCCCCUGCCCGGCAACAUUCUGCAUUUCCUGAAACUGAAAUUUCAGAAACAGGAUUGGCGAUGGAGGCAACUUUGAAGUUAAACUAUUCGAGAAUGGUUUAACCCCUUAAUAAAAGAGUGAUCCGGGGGCCUCAUGGCACCAUAUAAAAUUAAUUCAGAUUAAGUUGUUAUGGUGCUGAAACUGAUCCUUUAAGUGACUAGCAAAAAGGCUGAUAACCCCUUCAUUCUACAGGUAGGGUCUCUGUGUAUCCAGUUUGUCAUUGAUGAUUUGGGGGUAAUACGAGUACUGUGUCAGACCCUCAUGAGAAAAGAGUUUUGUUGUCAAAUUAAAGUAAAUACUUACCAUAACCUUUUUCAAAAUCAGUUUCUUUCCCAGCAACAUUUUGCUUUUAAUGAUUUUCAUAAUGCAAUCUCCAGUAAGAGAGCCACAGUGGAAAUGUGAAUGCAAAUUCAACAAAGAAAUAGAUAAACCACACUGUUUGUGUAAACAAUUGAUACUACAGCCUAUACAAUUAUAUCAUCUCUUGAUAAUUAAGCUUUUAAAGGGAUAUUGAUGCUUACAACCAGCGAUGUCAUUAUUUCAUAGUGUUUCUGUUUAGGAACGUUGCCUCUUGUCCUCUGACAUCGAGUGAUGCAGUUCAGCAGUAAAAGUGCUAACGAUUAUAUUUGUGCUUCGAAUCUUCAAAGAGCAAUAAACGACCUGAAAUUUAUUACUGUUUCAAGGUGACGACGAGUUUCACUACAGCAAAUAGAGAGAUACAGCAUGUUGCAGACUAUCGAGGAAUAAAUUAUUAGCUCAGCUUCUAAUAAACACUGUCUGGGAGAGAGAAAACUAAAAUAACGGUUUCCAUUUUUAAAAAUUUGUAUUAAUUAUGGAUUAUGCUUCCAUAAUUCUCAAACGCCUUCUGCCACAAUAAAACCUCGACCCCAAGACUGGAUUAAAGUGGGGUACCUUUCGCAAUAACAGGAACCCCCAUUUCCUAACUGGUGGUCGCAUUGUGUUGUCCUUGUGAGAAUGUACUGGAGAAGAUACAACCCUCAAAACUGUGACAGGGCCGGCAAAAUAAGACAUAAAGAGGUUGGUGAAUGGGAGAUUAUAAACCCUGGAAAAAGUUCACCAGAACCCACAGCUUUUUCCUCAGUUGUACUUUUUGUAGAACUCAGACUCUACAGGUUCAGUGGACCCCACAGCUUUCCAUGUACUACCUAUGCAAACUAAUUGUGUAUAAAAUGUUCCUUUUUUUCCUCACAACUUUACUUUUUAUGCAUGUUUUCAUACCCAUGGCUAGAUUUUCUGGCUAGAGUAGGUUUCUGCCUGCAGGCACCUAUCCACCAGGGGGUGCCUAUUGUCAGCAGUUAUAAGGUGUCCUUUUGAGCUUAACCCCUUAAGGACACAUGACAUGUGUGACGUGUCAUGAUUCCCUUUUAUUCCAUAAGUUUGGUCCUUAAGGAGUUAAAGGGGUUCUCUAGUGCCAGGAAAACAAACCCGUUUUCCUGGCACUAGAGAAUCCUGGAGUGCCCCCAUCCCAUGUCGCUAAAGGGGUUAAAACCCUUGGUGCUGGGUCAGGCUUCGACCACGCUCUACCCCCGCUAACUUCCACCAACGGGGAAGACCUAAUGCGCGGCAAUGGCCAGGCGCGCAUUAGACCUCCCCAUAGUAAAGCAUUAUUCAAUGCUUUCCUAUAGGGAUUGCAGUGACGCAAUUGCAAUUGCAGACAACCAAAAGUCUUCUAAGAAUCCGGAAGUCCCUAGUCCCAGCCACUAGAGGAGGACUUAACCCUGCAAGGUAAUUAUUGCAGUUUAUAAAAACUGUCAAUAUUACACUUGCAGGGUUAAGGGUGAUGGGAGUUGGCACCCAGACCACUUUAAUGAGCUGAAAUGAUCUGGGUGCCUACAGUGUCCCUUUAAAGGAACACUUCACUGCCCAAAUAAGAAGAAAAAAUACAAGGUGGUUGUAACGGAUCGCCUGGCACCCCGACUGGGUACCUCCGUUGAAAGAUGCUCCUAGCGCUUCCUGAGGACUCCAAGCACUGCAGCAGACACCACAAUCACCGAACCAGAGAAGCGUAUACCUUCUCUCAAGCAUAAGAAUGCUGUAGACAGUUGAAUAGGAAUCAUACGAAUAGGUUUACUCUCCUAGCAGUCAAACUGGAACAGCAUACAAUAAAUCCUUCCCCCAAUAAUGAGACGACACUUCACUUUGAGGGUUAAAACAGGAACUCGAGUGCUGGCACACCCAGCCUGGUUUUUAUUACAAUCCACAAAACCUAGUACUGCCCACAGGGUUUUGCAGAACCACCAAUAAACACAUUACAACACAUACAAUGCAAGUACAGCAGCCAAUCAGACACAAUGGGACAAUAGAAACACACCCAGCAUAUUCCUCCCCUCUGCUUAGGAGAUAAUUGAGUCAAUUACUGUAUCUACUCAAUUAUCUCCAAGCUGAAAAGUUACUUUUUGUACAUUUUUAUAACUUUGUGAGUUAACAUCGUACAUACAUAAAACUUACAUUUUCAUAAUCAAUCCAUUCAGGGGAACAACAUAUUAAAAAAUGGCACGAAUCAGACCAGGGGUUCAAAAGUUAAGGGAAAGUCCUUUGUGACUAAAUGAAGCAUGGCUUUCCGGCCCAAACCAGUUUCAGAGUCUUCUAUCCUGGAGAGUAAUUCAAUUAUCUCCCAGGACAGAAACAAGACUCCAUUAAGCACAUGGUUGCAAAAAGACACAAAACACUUUAAAAUACAUAAAGUCACAUUUUAUACAUAAAACACGGACAUGUCACAUAUCCCCAGAUAGCUGGGAUCUGAGCGCACAAAACUACCGAAUAGCGCUCAGAUCCUAUUCACACAGUUCAACUACACGAAUGGGCUCCAUGGCAUAGCUAUCUGGGUUAAUAACUUCACAUAAAGUCUGGUCCAUAGUCCAAAGGCAAGAGGCGGGCAAGCAGCCCCCUCCAAGGACACGUGGCGAGGCCGGUUUCGCCACAGUGGUACAGAGAUGAAUGACUGGUAACGCACAAAUAUGUCAUACGUGCACACCAGGUCACAUCUUCAUGUAUCUAUUUUAUGGUAGUGCCAGAAAUGUACUCAGUCCAAAUUCAGAAGGGAUGGUGUGUUCCUACCUCUAUGACAGACAAAAACAAAUUGAGACUUAAAGUGUUACUUUAGCCAGUGCCAAAGAGCGAGCAAUGUUUUUCUUGUUCCCCUGGCAAAUAAUUGGUUUCAAAAAAAACGACUGUAGAGAAGGAAGGAUCUCUAUACAGUCUAAUAAUUGGUGAAACUGCUCUGUGUCUCUGAACAUUGCACCAAACAGGAUUUUAUCAAGGAAUUUCAACAUUUUAAUUUCCUGCUCUGUUUCCCCGUAAAGUCCCUUAUCUAAUCCUAACUACUGCGUAGGAAGAUUUUUAAUAUUACGCAGUUAGCUGGAUUCUUUAGAAAUAACAGAGUUUUAUUCCCUAAGGGAUACUGCGGACAGGUGACAAGCAAAUGACAAAAUUCAAAAUUUUUAUUUCUUUUUUUUUAAAUAACAAACGUGUAUUUCUGACCUUGUAGUGCUAAAAAAAAUCAUGUUAGCCUCCCUGCCCCCCUUAAAAUGGUAGAAAAAGUACCUUUAUUCCAGCGCUGCUGAUCAAAGCUGGCAAUCUCAGCCAAUCCAAUGUUAUUCUAGAGGGAAGCAUUGGAUUGGCUGAGAUCGUCAAGUCUGGUGAUCUCAGCCAAAGAGGCGGGAGCAGAGCCAAAUGCUGCUCUGGCCAAUUAGCAUCUCCUCAUAGAGAUGCAUUGAAUCAAUGCACCUCUAUGUGGAGAGUUCAGUGUCUGCAUGCAGAGUGUGGAGAUGCUGAACAUCAACACUAUGUGCAGCACCGACCCAGGAAGCACAUCUAAUGGCCAUCUGAGGAGUGGCUAGUGGAGGCAACCUUCAGCACCCCAUAUGUUGUGGACUAAAAUUCCCUUGAUGCUUUGCUAGCAUUAUGGCUGUAAGAACAUUAUGGGAGAUGUAGUACAAAACAUCUGGAGUGCCGAAGGUUGCCUACCCCUGCCCUAGUCUAUAAUGUAAACACUGCAUUUCUCUAAAAAGACAGUGUUUAUUGCAAAAAGCCUACAGGGAAUGAUUAUACUCACCAGCACAAAUACAAUAAGCUCUAGUUGUUUUGGUGACCAUAGUGUCCCUUUAAAAUGUUCAUCACCAAGAAAAGAAAUUUAACAAGAAAAAAAUUAAACCCUAAUAAAAGUUAUUAAAAGAUCAGCUAGAGAAAGUGAUCUAUUAUAGAUAUAAAGUACUCAUGUGUAUCCUACAUAUAAAUCUGGCUUGUAGCUAGAGAUAGUAUUACCACCACAUCUUUAUGGGGACAGUUCAGUGUCUCCAUGCAGAGUGUGGAGAUGCUGAUGUGCAGCACUGACCCAGGAAGCGCCUCUAGUGGCAACUGGAGGUGUCCCUAGGGGGCACCUUUUCUCUGAAAAAGCAGUGUUUACCGGAAAACGUCUGCAGGGACUGAUUAUACUCACCAGAACAAAUACAUUAAGCUGUAGUUGUUCUGUGGCCAUAGUGUCCCUUUAAUUCUGACAGGAAAUUCCAAUUUAGUUUUAGUCAGUCUUUUGACUAAAACGCCAUUUUAGUUUUAGUCAUCUGAAUUGUUUUAGUCUACUAAAUCUCCAGUAGAUUUUAGUCGACCUGACUAAAAUCUAAUGGGUUUAGUUAAAGUCUAUGUCUCUUUUGCCCCUUCCCCAGUGCCUCUGUGUCUCUUUCUGUCCCCCCAGCCCCUCUAGGUGUCUCUCCCAAGCCCAGGUCUAUCUCUUUUGCCCCUUUCACAGCCCAUCUGUGGAUCCUUGCCCCCCCCCCUUCCCAGCCCCUCUGUUUCUCUUUCUCUCCAUAGCCACAUUUGUAAGUCUCUUCUCCCCCCCAGUUCCUAAUUUUCCCCAUGUGUCUCAUUCACCCCAGCUGCACAUGUGUCUUAAUUCUUCCCUCAGCCCUUCCACGUGUCUUACCCGCUAGUGCUUGCAAAUUUCAUAUAUCAAAAUCACCACCUUUAUCAGAGAAUUUCAUCAAACAUAUGAAGACUAUCCAAUUGCAAGUUAGCUGUUUGUGAAUAACUGAAUUAACAAACCUAUGUACACAUUCAGCUGAUUUUUAACCUCAUGUGGCUUUUGGCUAUAGUUUAACGAUAAUAAUAAUUUUGUUGAAAUUACUGAAAUUUGGAUAAGCAAAUGCCAUUCAUGUGUUUUUAAACGCUUAGGAUUCGGACCAUUAUUAUUAUGUUAUUAUUUAUAUAUACCAUCAGCUAGUCAAUACAUUGCAGAGCUUUUAAAACAUUCCUAUACUAUAUGCUCAACCUCACGUGUUUAACCCUUCCAAUAGUUACCAAGUGAGUUUAUCAUCCUUGAUGUGUGUAUCUAUGGCCUAUAAAGACUAUUGAUUGGUUUUCAAUCCGUAAACAAUCACCUGCAAAUCUCUAUUCGAUCUACAAGAAUCCAGAGUAUGUUAUUUUUCUAUUUCUUUUGUUCUCAGCCCACUCCUUGAACCGUGAGAACUUCCCGCCAUCACAUUGAUCCGUUUCUCAAGAAUCCGUGAACGAACCAAUCGGUAAUAUUGAUCAGUUGUAAUUUCUGUCAACUCAAACGGCCUUUGGGGACUUUCUGUGUUUGAGUGAAUGUGUGGUUUUUGUGUGUAUGUCAGUUUUUUUAAAAUGUGCAGAGGGAUUUGAAUAGUGCGUAAGUAACUUUUUUCUUUGUUUUUUUUUUUUAUUGUAUGUGAUGUGUACAAUAGUCAUUGCUGCCUUCCAGGAUUAGUGUGAAUUUGAGUGCAGGGCUUAAUAUUGUAUGUUUAUGUUUGCAUUUAUGUGUGUGCGUAAAUGGAAGGACUUGUCAUUUUGUUGCCUGGUCUCCUUUUUUGACAUUGCUGGGUCUCAUGACUCGUUGCCUAUUUUAUCUCUUUAGAAACUGGUAGAAGACUCAAAUCCACUGUCUGUUGUUUGUACACACGUGUCCCUGUUCAUGGACUUGAGAGGUUAUUAACAGUGUUGUGUGACUAUUAAAUUGAAUCAUUUUUUAAAUAUAGCUGAUGUUUAAAUUACAAUUUAAAGGUACAUGCAUCUGCAUGAGAACCACCAUAACAGUGAUCCGUUUUGUUUUUCACAGGCAACAUGUCACAGGCAAAAGGCACUGUAGUCCUGGCAUACAGCGGCGGUUUGGACACAUCCUGCAUAUUGGUGUGGCUGAAGGAGCAGGGAUAUGAUGUCAUCGCUUAUCUGGUGAGCUAUUUCCUGCGGCUAAACCUGAUCAAAAUCUGACUUCCUUCUUAUUACAGACACACCUAGGGUAAUCCCUCAUUGGCAGCCUUUGCACACACUGAAAAUGAUUCAGAACACACACACAACAAUACGCAAACUAAAGAAACGGAAAGAGGUUUUUUUUAAAAUAAAAUUUAAAUCCAGCAUAUAAAACCAUCCUCUAGUUAUAUAACCCUUUUUAUAUCUAAGGCUUUUUUUCCCCCUUUUAAUAUUUUGAUUAAUCUCUAACAAAAUCGGCAUACAAAGUAGGCUGUAAAAUAAAGCUAUUUACUCACCCUGUGUAUUGAAAGGGUUAAAAACUGAUGUCAAAAAGGGAGUAAGUCGUAGCAAACCAGCAAAAACAGUGCAAAACGUGCUUACAAAUUAAUUAUUACAGACUGCAGAACACCACACAAACCUGUUUUGGUUUGGAGAGUUGGAUUUUUUUUUAGAAUUUGCAAUCCCCUUGACAGCUAUCUAACAUGCCCAGUUUAGUGUAUUAGGUUCAAUGUGUUUUUAUUAUUAUCUUUUAAAAGUAAAAUUAACUGAUGCAGUAAAACCACAACCUUUAUUCAUUAAAAUGAUAGUAUAAAACUAAAACUGUAUUUUAAUGAUGCAGUUUUGGUAAAUAUACCAUGCCUCUUUAAUUCUUACUAGGCGGGCGGCACAGUAUAUAGACUUGCAGAAUGAAGGCAUUUUUACCAAGCACAGCAUGGUGGAAACGUGCACAAACUUACCCCAAUGCCAAGAUUUGGAAUCAUGUUUAAACAGAAAUCGAUAGAUUAGCUAAAUCUAAAUACUGGAAAAAAAAAUGCAUCCAGAAAAUAAUGAUGGCGUGAGAUGUUGUCCCUUCUCAGGUAAAAACCAUAGCGUAUACUAAAUUCCUACAUAUUUUAUAGCACACAGCUACCAAAGGUACAUACAAUUGCAAGAAAAAGUAUGUGAACCCUUUGGAAUGAUAUGGAUUUCUGCACAAAUUGGUCAUAAAAUGUGAUCUGAUCAUCAUCUAAGUCACAACAAUAGACAAUCACAGUCUGCUUAACCCCUUAAGACCGGAGGGCGUACUAUUACGCCCUAUUAUAGUACGCCCUCCGGUCUUUCUGUACUUACCCGGUCGCCGGCAAUCCCACGCCGGCGGUUGGGGGGACUCCCAGGGAGCCCCCCGCAGCAGAUCUUCCUCCUGCAGCCCCCCCAGCCAUGUGAGAGUGAGGUCCUUGCGAGGACCUCACAAUCACAUGGCCGGGAUAGCUGGCUGCUGUAUUGCCAGCAGGGGGGCUGCCUGUAAUGACAGGUGGUCCCCCUGCUGGCUAGAAAUAAAAUUAAAAUAAAUUAAAUAGUGUAAAAAAAAUUAUAAUAAAUACUUAGAUAUAUAUAUAUAUAUAUAUGUAUAUAUAUAUAUAUGAUAUAAGUAUAUAUACACACAUAUACAUACACACACGUACACUGUCUAGGUGUAUUUUACUAUUAAUAUAUAUAUAAUUAUAUAUAUAUAUUAAUAUCAAAUUACACGUAGACUGAUACUGAUUAAAUAUAUAUAUAAUUAUUGUUAUAUAUAUAUAUUUAUAUAUAAUAUAAAAAAAUUAAAUAUGUAAAUACAUUAAAAAAUAAAAUAAAAAUAAUAAUAAAAAAAUAAUAAAAAAAAUAUAGAUGUGUGUUAUUUCGUUCUAACUGUAUUGUGAUAUUAAUAUAUAUAUAUUUAUAUCAAAAUACAUGUAGAACGAAAUAAUAUAUAUCUAUAUACAUAAAUAUAUACGUAUAUAUCACUUACGUAUAUAUAUAUACAUAUAUUAAUUCUACAUAUAUAUUUAUGUAAUAUUUUUACAUAAUUGGGUAUCUUAAUUAAUUACAAUUAGCGGGACCUGCCUGACAACCCAUGCCGAAAGUAAAGGGAAUUAAAUUUGCUAGCACUAUAUUUAACUCUAUAACUUUCCAAGACACCAUAAAACCUGUACAUGGGGGGUACUGUUAUACUCGGGGGACUUCGCUGAACAGAAAUAUUAGUGUUUCAAAACAGUAAAAUGUAUUACAACGAUGAUAUCGCCAGUAAAAGUGAAGUUUUUUGCAUUUUUCACGCACAAACAGCACUUACACGGACAAUAUUAUUGCUGCGAUACUUUUUACUGUUUUGAAACACAAAUAUUUGUGUUCAGCGAAGUCUCCCAAGUACAACAGUACCCCUCAUGUACAGGUUUUAUGGUGUUUUCAAAAGUUACAGCGUCAAAUAUAAGGUUUGUGUUUCAUUUUUUUCACAUUAAAAUUCGCCAGAUUGGGUACGUUGCCUUUGAGACCCUAUGGUAGCCCAAGAAUGAAAAUUACCCCUAUGAUGGCAUACCAUUUGCAAUAGUAGACAACCCAAAGUAUUGCAAAUGGGGUAUGUCCAGUCUUUUUUAGUAGCCACUUAGUCACAAACACUGGCCAAAAUUGGCGAUUUUUGCAUUUUACACACACACACCAAAUACUAACACUAACUUUGGCCAGUGUUUGUGACCAAAUGGCUACUAAAAAGACUGGAUAUACCCCAUUUGCAAUACCUUGGGUUGUCUACUAUUGCAAAUGGUAUGCCAUUAUGGGUGUAAAUUUCAUUCCUGGACUACUAUAAAGUCCCAAAGGCAACGUAACCAAUCUAGUGAAUUUCAAUUUCAAAAUGUAAUGUGCUAUAUUUGACCCUGUAACUUCCCAAAAUGCCAUAAAACCUGUACAUAGGGGGUACUGUUUUACACAUGAGACUUUGCUGAAUACAAAUAUGUGUAUUCUAUUUCAGUAAAAGAAAACAGUAUUAUGACAUUGACCGUUAAAAUGUCAUGUAGAACUAAUAAAAUAAAAUAAAAAUCUUAUUUUCUCCCAUUUUAUUCAUAUUAAAUUAUGUUUCAUAGCUAAAUAUUUGAUAUUAAAUGAAAGCCCUGUUUCCCCUGAAUAAAAUGAUAUAUAAUAAGGGUGGGUGCAUUUAAUAUGAAAGAGGUGAAUUACGGUUGGACAGACAUGUAGCGCAAAUGCCAGGUUUUGUUUACAUUUGUUUCGUUCACAACGUGUACAUUUGGCUCCGUCCUUAAGGGGUUAAACUAAUAACACACAAAGAAUGAAAUGUUGCCAUGUUUUUAUUGAACACACCAUGUAAAUAUUCACAGUGCAGGUGGAAAAAGUAUGUGAACCCUUGGAUUUAAUAACUGGUUGAACCUCCUUUGGCAGCAAUAACUUCAACCAAACGUUUCCUGUAGUUGCAGAUCAGACGUGCACAACGGUCAGGAGUAAUUCUUGACUAUUCCUCUUUACAGAACUGUUUCAGUUCAGCAAUAUUCUUGGGAUGUCUGGUGUGAAUCGCUUUCUUGAGGUCAUGCCACAGCAUCUCAAUCGGGUUGAGGUCAGGACUCUGACUGGGCCACUUCAGAAGGCGUAUUUUCUUCUGUUGAUUUACGUCUAUGCUUUGGGUCAUUGUCCUGUUGCAACACCCAUCUUCUGUUGAGCUUCAGCUGGUAGACAGAUGGCCUUAAGUUCUCCUGCAAAAUGUCUUGAUAAACCUGGGAAUUCAUGUUUCCUUCGAUGAUAGCAAUCUGUCCAGGCCCUGAAGCAGCAAAGCAGCCCCAAACCAUGAUGCCCCCACCACCAUACUUCACAGUUGGGAUGAGGUUUUGAUGUUGGUGUGCUGUGCCUUUUUUUCGCCAUACAUAGUGUUGUGUGUUUCUUCCAAACAACUCAACUUUGGUUUCAUCUGUCCACAGAAUAUUUUGCCAGUACUGCUUUGGAACAUCCAGGUGCUCUUGUGCAAACUGUAAACGUGCAGCAAUGUUUUGUUUGGACAGCAGUGGCUUCCUCUGUGGUAUCAUCCCAUGAAAUCCAUUCUUGUUUAGUGUUUUACGUAUUGUAGAUUCGCUAACAGGGAUGUUAGCAUUUGCCAGUGACUUUGUAAGUCUUUAGCUGACACUCUAGGAUUCUUCUUCACCUCACUGAGCAGUCUGCGCUGUGCUCUUGCAGUCAUCUUUACAGGACGGCCACUCCUAGGGAGAGUAGCAGCAGUGCUGAACUUUCUCCAUUUAUAGAUAAUUUGUCUUACCGUGGACUGAUGAACAGCAAGGCUUUUGGAGAUACUUUUAUAACCCUUUCCAGCUUUAUGCAAGUCAACAAUUCUUAAUCUUACCGUGUCUUCCACGGUGAUUGUCUAUUGUUGUGACUUAGAUGAUGAUCAGAUCACAUUUUAUGACCAAUUUGUGCAGAAAUCCAUAUCAUUCCAAAGGGUUCACAUACUUUUUCUUGCAACUUUAGUUGUCUAGGUUGAAAACAAGUCUAAAGUCCAUCAAAUUCAACCAUGAAACCCAUUAUUUCAUGCUGUUGAUCCAAAAGAAGAGAAACCCCCCCCCAAUUGUAGCCAUUUCUAUUUAUGCCAUAAUGGCAAUCAGAACCAUAUUAUUAGGAACAAAUGUCAUCCGACACGCGUUUCGCUCUAUGUAGGGCUUACCAGACGUGCUAUGGAGUGGCAGAUACCAAGGGCUUAAAGGACCACUAUAUGUAUGUUUUCCUUGCACUAUAGUGCCCUGAGGGUGCCCCCACCAUCAGGGCCCCCCUCCCACCGGGCUCUAGGGGGUGGAAGGGGUUAAAUUUACCUCUUUCUCCAGCGCCGGGCAAGGGACUCUCCUCCUCCUCGGCUGAAUGCGCAUGCGCGGCAGGAGCCACGCGCGCAUUCAGCCAGUCCAUAGGAAAGCAUUCAGAAUGCUUUCCUAUUUCCUAUGGACGCUGGCGUCUUCUCACUGUGAAAAUCACAGUGAAAAGCACAGAAGUGCCUCUAGCGGCUGUCAAUGAGACAGCCACUAGAGGCUGGAUUAACCCUAUUAUAAACAUAGCAGUUUCUCUGGACCUGGCACCUAGACCACUUCAUUAAGCUGAAGUGGUCUGUGUGCCUAUAGUGGUCCUUUUUUUUUUUUUUUUUAUAAAUUCUUUAUUUUUCGAUUUUUAUCAACUUGAAUUGAAGGGUGCAGAAUGAAGAGAAUGGGUGGGGUACAAGUUUGUUUCGAUAUGGGUGACCAGUUGACAUUGAAUACUUUAUCGGUAUCGAUAUCGAAACCACAGUCGCGGUUUUUCAAGUACCAAGUGUUGAGGGUUACAUUUCGAGGUCAUGAUCUUAAGUUUUUGGUACGUUGUUAUAGUGGUCAUUUAAAUGCCCAAGGCCGCUUAUAGAUUUUACGAAUCCAUUAGAGACGUCCUUUCUUUUAAUAAGGAACUUUCAUAGAAUUUGUGUUUAAUUCUCGCAAUAUCUCCUUAUAGCCACCACACCCCCUACUUGAUAUUAUACAUAAAUCUUAUACUCUUCCAAUGCGUUCGAUUUGUUAUCACUUCCUCUCUCGGGCUAUCACAGUGGGCUAAUUCUCCCACCCAUGUAGCUGGCAAUACCUUUGUAAUUUUCUCUUAUGCAUGUUCAGUAUAUAAUAUCUGCAACACUCCACUUCCUCUCUCUGGUCACCACCUCUUAUUAUUUGCUCUCAAGAUCCCCCUCACCCAACAACCUCAGCCUAACCCCCCUCAACUUAGGAGGAACCUUAAUUCUAGCAGCUGUCAGAUGAUAUUGAUUCACAACUGCUAUCCAUCCCUUCCCUCUCCCUCACUGGACACCUCCAGAUAUAACACUACCCUCACCUCUGCUUUGAACGCUGCAGCCCCACUCCAAACAUGCACCACGAGGAGGACACGCCCCCAACCGUGGCAUACUAAAUCAACACGCUACCUGCAAAGAUGCUCCUGUUGUGCUGAACGCACCUAGAGGAAGUCUCACACCCAGGCAGACUAUCUCCAUUAUAGAUUCAUAUUGUGUUAAUACAGCUCAGCCCUUGCCCUCGCCAAACAGUCAUACUUUUCCUCUCUUAUUAGUUCAUGCUCCCGCAAUCCCAGGCAUCUCUUUGUCACCUUUAACUCUCUUCUUCGCCCUGCUGUUGCUAUCCCCCAAACUAACCUUACAGCCUAUAGCUUUGCAUGCUACUUUACCGACAAGAUUGAACAGCUAGGGAAAGAAUUCUCCCCACCUUGCCGUUCUCUUUCUCAACCACACGUAGAUCAUGCCUUUCCAACCCUUCAAACUUUUUCCCUGGCUGCUGAACAAGAGGUGGCUGCUCUUCUCCUUUCCUCUCGCCCCACCACCUGCCCGCUUGAUCCUGUCACAUCUCACCUCAUCAGAUCUCUCUCCACUUGUCCUGUGCCUUCCUUAACACACAUUUUCAACUGCUCUCUCUCUUCUGGCGUUGUCCCUGCUGACCUUGAACAUGCCACUGUAGUACCUAUCCUGCAAAAAAACCUCUUUUGACCCAUCCUCCCCCUCUAACUAUUGUCACAUAUCCCUGCUCCCUUUUUCCUCAAAGCUUCUGGAAAGACUUGUCUUUACCCAUAUGUCUCACUUCCUCAAUUCCAACUCUCUUCUUGACCCUCUUUAAUCUGUCUUCCAACCUCUCCACUCUACUGAGACUUCUCUUGCUAAUCUAAUUGCAGCUAAAUCCAAAGGCCACUACUCCAUACUAAUUCUUCUUGACCCUUCUGCUGCCUUUAAAACCAUGCUCUCCUUCUUCAAACUCUUCCAUCACUCGGUCUUUGUGACUCUGUCCUCUGUCCUCUCGUGAUUUUCCUCUUAUCUCUCCCAACGCUCAUUCAGUGUCUCCUUUUCUAAUGAUACCUCCUCCCCUCGUCCUGUCUCAGUUGGAGGCCCCCAAGGUGCUGUCCUUGGUCCCCUUCUAUUUUCUCUUCAUACUGCCUCUCUUGGCAAACUUAUUACCUCAUUUGGAUUCCACUACCACCUGUACGCUGAUGACACCCAGAUAUAGCUCUCCUCCCUGGAUGUCUCCCCUUCUGUCCUGCAAAGUGUCACUGCUUGUCUUUCUUCCAUCUCUGACUGGAUGUCCUCCUGCUUUCUGAAACUCAGUCUCUCUAAAACUGAGCUCCUUGUCUUUCCUCCUCCUAAUACUGAUCCUCCUCUUUAGCUCUCCCUUCAAGUUAGUGGUAUCCACAUAAGUCCAUCCUUGCAAGUGCGCUUGGCAUCAUACUUGAUUCUGGCCUCACCUUUGAGCCUCAGAUCCAGUAUGUUGCCAAAUCCUGUAGAUUCCAUCUUAAAAAUAGAGAUUUUACCAAGGAGCUUGUCCAUGCUCUAGUAAUUUCCCGCAUGGAUUAUUGUAACCCUCUCUUAAUUGGUCUUCCCAAAAGCCGUAUUGCCCCGCUACAGUCUGUAAUGAAUGCCGAUGCCAGACUGAUUUUCCUCUACAGUCGGUCCUCUCACCCCUCUGUCAGUCCUUACAUUGGCUUCCUGUAUCCUAUAGUAGUCAUUUCAAAGUGCUAACCCACACCUGUAAAGCACUGAACAAUUCUAGCCCCCCUCUCUUCUCUCUUCACCUAUCCACAGGUAUGCCCCUUCUCGAUCUCUCCGCUCUGCCCGUGACCUUCUUCUGUCCGCUGCUCGCACCCGUACGGCCAACUCACGCUUGCAGGACUUCUCAUGGGCGGCUCCCUUCCUAUGGCAUAGCCUGCCUACCACCAUCAGACUCUCCCCUAGUCUUCAAUCGUUUCAGAAGUCCCUUAAAACCCAUCUCUUUAGGAAAGCUUAUGACCUCCCAGACUAACCUCUACCUCACAUACCUGUCUCUUGCUCUCUCCUAAAGAGCAGCACUUUACUCUCUCCUCCAGCUCUGCCUCACUCCCACCUUAUUUGAUUGCUAUUCCCUGUCCUAAUGGGUUUUAUACCCCACCUCCUAUAGACUGUAAGUUCGUUUGAGCAGGGUCCUCUUCAACCUAUCGUUCCUGUAAGUUUUCUUGUAAUUGUCCUAUUUAUAGUUAAAUCCCCCCUCUCAUAAUAUUGUAAAGUGCUACAGAAUCUGUUGGCGCUAUAUAAAUGGCAAUAAUAAUAAUAAUUUCCAGAGCUCUAUUUUCUUCUGUCACACAUAAAGUGUCAUUCAUUAAAGUGUAAAUUUUAAGAAGUUCAAACAGAAUCCAAAGUGAAUUCAAAUUUUAGGCCCAAAUAGUCAUUUUGAUGACCUUCUCCAAGUCAGCUAUGUUUUCUGUUUAACUAUUUUGGCCUAAAUUUGAAAUUCACAAAGAUUUCUCAACAAUCCAGAUAUGAGCCAAUAUCAUUACCAGCAGUAGUAAGAUAAUAUCCUUGUAGAUAAUAAUGAUCAGCAGUGGACUUUGUAGUGACUGACUUUCAUUAUGAAAAUGUCUUUUUAGGCAAACAUUGGUCAGGAUGAAAGUUUCGAUGAAGCACGAAAGAAGGCUUUAAAUCUUGGAGCAAAGAAGGUAACUAGAAUGUCUGGCUCUGUUUAAAAUAAAUAUAAAAAAAACAUAGGGGUGAUCCUGCUAAAGGGAACAAAAGCGGCACAACAUAGAAUGUUUGUACAAUUGGAAUUGGGUGGCCAAGUUGAAACAUGCUUGGGUUUUCACGUGUACCAUUCUUAUCACUACUGACCCUACUUUCUGUUUGAUCCUCUUUUCUAAAAACCAAUAACCUCUGUUAAACGUUUUAUAUCAUCCAGAAGGGUCCAAUCAACUGCUGAUGGUCAGAGCUCCAUAGUUUGAAAAUUACUGCAGUAGAAUCACAGGACCAUGUUUUUUAGGAUCUAGAAAUUGUCAUUGACUCCCCACCAUUACGUCUGUUCUGCAGGUCUUCAUAGAAGACAUGCGUCAGGAGUUUAUUGAACAAUUCAUCUGGCCAGCUGUCCAAGCCAAUGCCAUCUACGAAGACCGAUACCUCUUGGGCACAUCACUGGCACGUCCCUGCAUUGCAAGGAUGCAAGUGGAAAUUGCCAAAAGGGAGGGUGCAAAGUUUGUGUCCCACGGAGCCACCGGCAAGGUAAGAUCAUACAUCAAGGUCAAUUGCACUCAAAAUAGACCAAAUUUUCUCACGGACAGAAGUUAUGAUCCAUCUCCUGUGCAUUUUAAUGUAAUAAUUAAACAUAUACAUUGGAUAUUUAAAUUUGUUUUAAUUGCCGAUUUGGAUGGUUGCUUUGCACAGGCCCAAUCGCAAAACUAGAGGAACUGAAGAAACAAGCUUAAAAUACCAAUAUAACCAGUUGUCCAAUAAAGGAAUCGACCUAAUCUCUGUUAUAACAUAUAUUUCUAUUGCUAACACUGUGCAACUAAACUGCGCUCUAUAAAUAUCAUCAUAAUAAUAAUAAUAAUAAUAUAUUCCAAGUACACAUCUCUGCCUUGUUAAAUUACAAAUGGCCAGGAGGUGGUGCUAGAGACCACGUUUUAACUUCUGUUUCUGAGCUUGACUGAAGUGGUUUUAUAUAAUAUUAUUUAUUAAAAAUUAGUUACAUGUCUAGAGUCUGCGUGAGGCUUCAUGAAUGUACAAACUAUUUAUUAGUUUUUCAUAAUAUUCAAAAUGACUAUCAAUAGUUUAAAUGGAACGUUUGGAUAAAGGGGGAUUACAGAAUUGUAGCACAACUUUCACUUUUUCACUUCAUUAGAUAAUGAAUUGCUGCCAAGCUAUCUUUGAGCAGUUUGACAAAGAUCUCUCGAUCCUCAGCAGCCAGCGUGAAUUACGAAAACUUUAUUAUCACUUAUUUAUUACUGGCAUUUAUAAAGCGCCAACAUAUUCCGCAGCGGAAUUCAAUUGGGAUAUAGAUAAUACAAUAUAAACAGACCAGUGCAAAGGUAGAGGGCUCUGCCCGUGAGCUUACAAUCUAAAGGUUAAAUCCUGUGUACAUUAUGUUAAGCCAGCCCCUGAGCUCAAUGCUUAUCACUGCAAUCCAAUGCGGAUGGAUAUCGUGGAAUUUAGAUUCAUGUUAUUAUUACACUGGGUUUGGGGUGUUAAGGGAACCACUUUUUUUCUCCAAUCUGCUCCAAAACAAUUUGAAAAAAAACGAGAGUAACUGCACAGAAAUAACUUGCAUCAUAACUUAUACUUAGCUUAAGCUGCAGUGGUUAUGGUGCUUAGAGUGUACUUUUUAACUAGCACAUGUUAAAGAAUAACAAAGUGCUAGACAAAAUAUAUAUGUUUAGAUUUAUACCCCUAGAAAAGAUGCUCCCCUCCUCCCCUAACCCCCCAGCUUCAUUUAAUGAUUCUAUUAAAAGUAGAUUUCCUAAACCAUUUACUGCCCUGGAUUAUAAUGGCUCCCAAGAAGCUCAGCCAACUUUAUGGCUGGCUGAGCUGACUGGGAGUUGUAAUGCACAGCAAAUGGAGUCCCAUAUGUGUAGGCAAAGAUUUCAGCACUAUGGCGUCAGGACAGUUCCUGUUGCUCAUUGCUGGCAGGAUGUUUUCAGGAAGAACCCAGGGUUUGCUUCUAGUUUCUUACUGACAUUAAAAACACAAGCAGUUUGAACUAAUCUGAUUUGAAAAUCAGCCAGCAUGCCAAAUUUAUCAAGCAGAGGGGAUACAUGGCUGCGUUUAGGCCUGCUUUUAUUUAUUUAUUUUUUUUUAAAAAUUUAAAAGCAAGUAAACAUUCAAAAUUGUUAUUUUUCUUGGUAUCUGUUGUACAGCGCUUUAUAAAUAAUGAUAAUGAAACUUUGUUGGUAAACCGCAUGAGAGACAGAUAUAACACAAGUAUAUGGCGAUGAUACUAAUUCACAGUGGAUCAACAGCUGAGGAAUCUCCAUCUCCAUCAAGCUUAUAGUUAGCUUGAAAAGGAAGAAUUCUCAGUGAGCCAAUUUUUUUUAUAGUAAGAAUCCACAAUGCACAACCAUAGUGGAACUAAUAUUGUAAAGCGCUACGUAAUAUGCUGGCGCUAUUCUGCUAUAUAAAUACCAAUAAUAAUAAUAACUGCAUCUUAAGCUGCAGCUUUUUCUGUUCUGUAAAUGUGUUGCCUAUGUGUACCUGUGUUCCCUCUAAGAACUUCUUUUUUGUUGCAUGAAACAUUUAAUAAAUCAAUCUAUAUAGCUACCACAUACUAAAGUAUACAUCUAAUAUCAUUUUUUAUUUUUUUUAUUUUGCAAACUAUAGAGUAUGGUUGUUAUGCUUUUCAUAAUUGCUAAUGUAAAUUGAGGGAAAAACUUAAAAAAUGUAAUCAUUUAUAUCCCUUUUUUUAAAAUGGUACUGGGGAUAUUUUAUGUUUUACGUACAAUACCUGACCUACAAACAAAGCCUAUUUUAAUAGAUUGCCUAAAUGGAGUUUACUGCACAAUUUGUGUUGAAAUAGUUUCUCAAGCAUAUGCUCUACCAAUAGAGGGAGCCACAGACCAAAGUCAAGUAAUGUGUCCUCCCAUUCCCUUAUCAAAUUAAAAAAAACAAAACAUCAUUUUGGAUUCGAUAUUUAGCGAGCUUUAUAAACGAUUUCGAUAUCUCAGAGAGUUUGUAAGUAUAUACAGACUUAAAAAGAUCUGAAAUGUACUUGGAUAAUCGUUACAUCCAAAAAGAUCUUAAUUUCAUGUAUAUUGUAUGUUAAGAGGUUAUUAAUUACUUGCAAGUACUGUAAAUUAGCUGAAGUGCGUAAUCAAUAUUUUUACGGUAUAGAAUCAUCUAGGUAAACAACCCAGUUACGGAAUACCGUAUAUAAACUGUGCAAGUUAUCCUGGAACUGAUAAGAUCAAGUGAAGAUGUCACUUUGAGAUAUUCCAUUCAGUUUAUCUUGUAGUUUAAUCCUUUUCGCAUUUUUGCUUUUGUGCUUUUGCAGGGAAAUGACCAGAUCCGAUUUGAACUGACCUGCUAUUCUCUGUACCCCGAAGUCCAGGUAACAGCCAAAAUGUCUCCUACAGUCCCUGAUUUCUAGAGAUCAUAGAUACAAUUUUAGAAACAUUGAUGUAUUCACUAAAAAUGUAAUUUUGGAGAAAUGACGAGAAAUUUAUGGCAAACUUAGAAAAUCGUUAGCUUGGCGAAUUUGGUCCAAAUUGGGGAUCCCUUGUCAUUUCUCUAGAAUUCCCAUUUACUGGAAAACACAAUGUAGUGUGGUGGCUAAGAAGCAGAUUCAAACUGUUUGAAGAUAUUUCCAAAAUUGUGAUAAAUUCUAUGUUUGGUAGUUUUUACAGCAUUUUUAGUAUGUGAUUGUGCUCCUAUCGUUGCUCUACCAGGAGCACUCAAAGUACUAAAUAAAUAGUCAACAUAGAUUGGAAAAGCAAACAGCGCCACCACAAAUGUCAAAGUUUACAAAGAGCAUUGCAACCAGAAGCUGGAAAACUAUUAAGAUGCUCUUAAUUUUAAUAACAUUUAAAUGAGGCUCUUUUAAGCCAAGAGUACGCUUAAUAUCAAAAGAAUUAUCUCUAUGGACAAUUAUGGAAGGAUUAAUAGUGUAUAGUGUCAAUGGUGACUCAGGACAGUCUGCUAAUCCGUAUCUUAUUUCAUGAUCACGUUAAAGAGAUUUAGGAUGGUGUAAGAGGCUUGAAUGGUUUGCCAAAAUCUUCUUCCCCGAUAAAUUUCCAUCUGCUCCUUGCCUUUGUUUCUUUCUUGCUACGUACUUUUUCUCAUGUCUAUCCAAGUACCAUCGUUUUAUUCUUGUUUAUCGUCCUGCAGAUCAUUGCACCUUGGAGAAUGCCUGAGUUUUACAAUCGUUUCCGGGGCAGAAGUGACUUAAUGGAUUAUGCCAAGGUAUGCCCGUUAGCUUCUCAAUGAUUUUCCAGAGUUUCUUUGUUCGUUUCUGUGAACUGGUUUGAACUCAGGCCUCUCCUCGGCACCGAGGGACAGGUUAGCCCAGGUGUCAAAAGUUUUUGAUAAGGACUUUGCACUGAGCUACAGUGGUUAUGGUGCAUACAGCACCCCUUUAAUAAAGGUUAAGUAAUCAAAAGAAAUUUAAUGAUAAACUUGCUUUGUCCACCAGCAAUAUAGUAUAGCAUAUGUAGCAUGGAACCCCUUCAAAAAUGUUAUGCUACAGGUUUUCAAAAUGUAAUUUAUAAGUAUCGGUGUGAAUUAUCAGUGAAAUCCAAGCUAGUGAGCAUGGUCCAGUCAGAUGCUUCUCUAUGAGAAGUAUUUGACUAAGCCAUGGAGAGGGAUGUGUUGUUGGACACUGCGUGGAGACCAGGGAUGGGAACCUCACCCAGCCUUGGUUUAGCCUUAUUUUAUAGGUUUAUAAGGGGGGGGGACCUUUUUACUAAUGCCCAAUAAGGCAUUCUAAUUAAAGAAAAGGUUUAUUUAAAAAGUAAUGAUUUAGGAACUCUGCCAGGUGGCCUAAAAGUGUUAUCCAACAGUAUAUGGAAUGUAUGUACCUUGUCUGAAAUCAGGUUAUAAUGUUAGCAAUAAGAUUAUCCAGUAAAGUAAGAAUUGUCGGGGAUAUAAAGUAUAUUCAAAGUAAGUUUCAAACUUUAAGGCCAAAAAGCUGAUCUGAAAACAGGAGACAAUCUCUGGUUAAGCUAAUUUAGCCAAAAACAUUUAAUUCACUUUGUAUCCACGUUGAAUUGCUGACAUUUCACACUUUAUUGAAUAUCCCUGGGGGUGUAAAGAGCAGUCCAUUGGUUUAUCAAAUUCAGCCAUGGAGUGUGGGUUUUUUGUUGUUUUUUUAACAGCAGGUUAAAAAAAAAAACAAGUAGACUCAUCGGCCUAUUUGAGUGGGUAAGAUCUCUGUGUGUGUGUAUAUGUGUGGGGAGAUCACCAUUAGUCAAUUUGCCCUUUGGCAUACCCCUGCUUGUGUUUAUUACCUAUUGAGAAUAAACAAUGAGCGGCAUUAAUUGGCUAACAAGCUCUUGAAAACUAAUGAAGGCCUGAGAGUGUUGUACUCACUGGAGCAUGAAACAUCUCCUAAAUUCAGCCAGGAUAUUAGCACAUAUGGUCCUCACCAGGGAAUUUCCUUUUUGGGACUGACCAGCACAUACACAGUAUUCUAUAUCUCAGGACAGAGAUGAAGUGUAAUGUCCUCUGUCUAAUAGUCACAUAUCGUGUAUAACAUUUUCGAUUCUAGAUUUUUCACCAAAUUUUCUUAAUGUUUCCAUUCGUGUUCCCAAUACUGUUCUUCGAGUCCCCACGCCGUCCUAACCCCCACCCAGCUCUGUUCCCGAGCUUUUUGAUAAUCCGUUCCAGGCAUAGAAUCGUGCCUCCAAGCAGAUUUUUUUUUUUUUUUCUCCAAAGGAAAUAUAUCUCUCUCUUUUCUUUUAUGCAAACAAAGUAUCGUUUGGAGUGUUAAAGGGACUGUCUGUAAAUGAGAAGGGACUUUAAAGAGAUCGGUAUCACAGAAAUCCUUGUGUUCCCUUAAGAGCCACUUCUGACUCGCUCACCUAUGUCCCCCCUCCUUCGGCUUUCCUAAAUAAUUGGUGGUAUUUAGUCUUCAGAUGAAACUAAACUGUCUCAUCUUCCCUUGAGGCUAAAGAUUUAUCAAGGAUUUGUCCAGAGAUAAGUAAAAGGCUCUCAGUUAACUUCACACUGGCUACUUAUUAACAGAAUGGAAACAUUAAACAGAAAUAUGCUGGAUAUAUAGACAGGGGCUAUGUAUCAUUCCUUUAACCCAUUUGGUGCCUAAUUGCAUAUAAACACAUUCCAUAGGGGAACCAAAUUAGGCUAAAAGAUAAUAAAAUGAAAUUGUAUCAUUUUGCUGGCUGUACCCCUAAGGGAAUGUCAUAAGUUAUAAAAAUCAUAGCUUCUCAAAUAAGACACAUAAGUUGAGUGGACUGAUUGUAAAAUACAGUGUUCAAUUCUGGUACACAAGACAAUGAAAUAGGCCUCUGGAAGGAUUUGAGAUUUUGCAGUUUUUAACAAAUUUUAGAAACAAUUUGUGACAGUCCUAAACUCUUGUCUGUCAGCUAUCAAAAAAUAUGUUUUAGGAAAACAAUGCACAGCCAAUCAGAACGAAGCAGUUGGGUGCAUGCUGGGAAAAUUUGAGUAUGCAAAUUAGGUAAUGUAAGUCCCAAAAAAGUUAACCUAAAAACCUCAGACAAAUGUAAAAUCAACCCAACAAGAGCAAACACUAUUAUUCCCAGAUAGUUACGGGUUCCAAACACUCUUGGAAGGCACAUGAAUAUUGUUGUCCAGAAGUAUAUACAAUUCACAUGCAGCCAAAGGAAAUCAAUUAAUCAUGGCAAAUUCUAUCAGUUACCAGCCAUGACUAAUCAAUUGAUUUCCCCUUGCAGUUGGGCAGCGCUAUGCAUGGACCUCCUGACAGCACGUGAAAUUUACAGCUGUCAAAGAAAACAUGGCCGAAAUGGCAAUUCGAAUAACAGCUUUCAUUUUUGUUCUUGCUUUCAUUGAAUGAUUAAUGCAAUUAGGGCAGACGUUUACAUAAUCAGCCAAUUAGCAUGUUACACCAAAUUUGAAACUGUCGGUAAGACUUUGAAAAUUGUUUGCUACAUACGCAACUCCUAUUCAAUAAAAUGUGCCACUUAGCAAAGAUGGUCUGUAGUGGUUUAAUCAUUAUAGAAACCUACAUUUUAAAGGAAUAGUGAUAAAAGUAUAUUUUUAAAUUUUUUUUAAUUUUUAUUAUACAGUGCUUUAAUGAUCACUUUAUAAUUCACUUUAAAUUCCUGACACUUUAGGAAAUAUUUUAUGAUGACAAGGGUGACUUCUAUCUAUGAUACACAUAGGGGUCUAUUUGAUAAACAAUAUAUCGUGAUGAACUGUAAAUGAAUUACAAAAUUUGGGGCGAAAUUGUGAGGUUGGGAAUAAAGAGGAGUUGGUCAAUUCAUUCUAUAGUGACCUUAUCGUUGCAUAUUUAGCUUUCAAUUAAGUUACAUACUGAGCAUUUACUCAACAAACUGCAAAUUGGAUGAAAUUGAAAAAUAAACAAGAAAUAUUAAAAUAUUUAUUUAAGCUGUGCUUAUUUUUUUAUUUUUUUGCUCCUUUUUGAGAAAUAUUAAACGCUUGUUAAAGCACGACUGUUCAAACGUGGCCCUAGAAUUAUCAGCUACUGAACUACUAAUAUCAUAAGCCGGGCUGGCUGGGAGUUAUGGAGGUUGUAGGUUCAAGUCAAGCCGUGACCACCCCUUCUAUGACACUAUAAAAAAAAACAUAAAGAAAGCAGAUCUCAUAUAUUCUGCAUUAGAUUAUAAAUCCUGCUGCUUUUAUCUCUUUGGAGGAGAAACACUAGUCAAUAACAGAUCAUUGCCCUGACAAAUAGGUCCUCAUCUUAUUAGAAUGGAGUACAAAUUGACAGAACAAUUAACUCAUCUGUGUCUGGGCUUUGUGACAUCUUCACUAUUUCAGCUUGGGGUGUUGUUCUGGAGGUAAAAUGGCCAGCCCAUUGCAUUGAAUGCCUCUACAGAGAUCUCUCGGCUAAACAUUAGCCAGGGCCUUUUUCAAAUGUGGGUGGCAUUUGUUAGCGUUUAAUAAAGAGAGGAGCAUACCAAAGGAAGGUAAUUGUUUCUUUGUUUCAUUUUCGGGAAUUUCUUUCCCCUUCACUGCAUAUCCCAAUGUUUGGGACACAUCCUGUGCAAGUAGAUAGGGAGCCUAACGGGGCCCAGCUAUGUCCUCGACGGGCGCACAGUCUUCCCGCAAUGAAUUUGUUAACAGAUUAGCUGAUCCCACUGAGACAGAAGCAAUUUUGUGGUUUUAUAUAUUUUUUUUUUCUCUCCAAACAGUUGAAGUGAAAAGGGGAACAGGGUUAGAGCUGGUGAAAAAAAAAUAAAAAAUAAAGGUUUUUGCUUUUUCCAUUGUAUAGCGUGUAAGGGGAGGAAUAUAUUUUAUCCGUAAUGUUGUUUGAAGAGUAAUGUUCUGUGCUGGACUCAUGAUUAAAUGCACAGAGAGACUUUAUGGGUGUUUAGAAUGCAUAGAAUCUAUCGACCAUUUUAUGCUUGCUCACCUGUAUAUAUGUAGUCCUAUUUAUGAUUAUUUGCCAACAUAUCUACAGCUACCUUCACGGACUACUCAAAGCUCCAUCUAUGUCAGUAUUAGCAAACGUUCCUUAGAUCUACCUAGCCAUUGUUUGUCUGUGUAAAAUUGCUCAUUUUAAAAUAGUGCAUAAAGUAUUUAGAUUUCUUAUGUUAUAUGAAGACAAAAAAGGAAAAAGACUGCCCCAUCCACAGGGCAAAGAGGGCAUGUGGCCUCAUGCCAUCACGACACGGACAGGGAAAACCUGAAUUUGUAAUGUUUAUAUAUUUCAUUUAUACUACUAUGGUAAUUUUCUGACUGUGUGAUAAAGCUCUGUCCAGCAUCUGUUGGUGGCUUAAGAUGGCCUUGCUUAUAGUGACAGAUCACAGUGUCGUAUGUAGGGUUACGGUCAGGACGUCAACGUGAAUUUCAAAUUUUAAACUGAAUAUCCAACUUGGAAAAAUUAUCCAAAUCGGCUAUGUUUUAGUUUGGCUUGAAAAUUUACUUAAAUUCACUUUGAAUUCCCAACAAUUUUAAUUUUAACGAAUAACCCUGUCAUUGUUAGCUAUUGCUAAUAGCUAUUUUUCUAAUCCUGUUCCCUUCAGAAACAUGGCAUCCCAGUACCUGUCACACCCAAAAACCCAUGGAGUAUGGAUGAAAACAUUAUGCAUAUCAGGUAAAGAGUUUCAUUACUAUGUUCAUCUUUUAUACCUGUUACUCAAAGAAGUAGUGUAUGUUUUACAAUAUUUAAUGCUCACAAAUUACACCAGGACCACUACAUUAAGCUGCAGUGGUUCCGAUGACUAUAGUGUCCCUUUAACAGUGAUGUGAUUUAUUCUGGAAUCUAAUAUUGUAACAUAGAUAUGGAAUUCAGUUAUCUGUAAACUGUUUCCAUGUCAUUCGCAUGACCAGGUUAGUUUUACAGCAAAUUGGUCAUUUUCUACUAUACGCUAAGAUCCAUUGUAACAGAUAGAUAGGCUUCACUAGAUUUCAUUCUCAUCCACAUGUACCCAACCCAAGUCGGCCACUGACCACACUCUGCCACUGAUUUAUAUAGACCGAUACAUGUACAUGUUCUGCUUUCACAGACUGAUAAUGUCAUUCUUACUUUUUAGCUAUGAAGCUGGGAUUUUGGAGAACCCCAAAGUAAGUAUCACUCAAAAUAAGAAAGUCCUUCUAAAUCCACAAAAAAAAAAAAAAAACAUUUCAUAGCCCUUAGUCAUGUAAAAAGGUGUGUGUGUUGGGGUGUGGGUUUCAGCUAAAAGUUGGGCCCAGUAAGGAUUCCACCUUGCUGCGGUCUUUGUCAAGCUUCAGUCAUGGUCUCAGCAAGUUCGAAAUGUUGCUAGGUCAGCUUUUUGGUGAAUACAAAUUUUUAUUCCACCGCUAUGGACUGAGGAUGAUGUAUGUAUAUAUAUAUAUUUUUUAUUGAGGAGCUAGAGAUGGAGGUCUCCUCCUGAGUGUCCAAAGAUUAGAAAGUGCAAUGCACUGAGGGACCUACUGUGGUUUUCCAAAUAUACUGGGAAAACCACAGUCGGAAAUAUGCCAAGUUACCAAACCGUGCUUCCCAAAUUUCUAAUGAACUAGAACGUCCACCGUUGACUUGAGAAUUGUAGAUGAAGAAGUUCACUAAUAACUAGAAUGCUACAUAUUUCUCACUGCUGAUACAUUUGUCUAUAGCAGAGUUGUCCAACUUUGGCUGUCCAUCUGUGGGUGGAUUGCAAGUCCCAUAGAAUUCUUUUAUACCUAGUCUACAAUAUUAUUGUCUGUUAUUAGCUGUAUUUUCAUGUUUUAUGUGGAACAUUUAAUGUAUUAAUGUUCCCUUUCUUCACUCAGCUCAGAUAGGUUGCAUUUUAAUAUUAAGUUGUGUUCAGUAUGUUAACAGAUUGGUCAACAAUGGUCAAUAACACACAUAUUCUAAGAUACGUCUUUACAAUUAGAAUAUCAUUUGGGAUGGCGUAUGUUUAGUAUUAUCCAAUGGAGAGUGUCUGUGUCACGAUAUUGGAGAUUCCAGUUGGCACAUUUCUAGGAGUUCUGUAUAAUGAAAACCUGGGGUUAGUUAGUUCUGAUAGGGGAACCUUCCAUUGGUUUCCAUGGUUACCCCACCACUUUUGAAAUUCUUCCCAGAAUUCCUUUUAAUACGUGCCCCUCAGUGGGUAUUUAUCAAGUAUAUACUACCAAAUCUUUCCUGAACUACACUCGCAAUGUUCCAGCAUAUUCCUACUCAAAAUAAGGGAACGUCCACAAUGGAAACCAAUGAAUUGUUUGAGUACUGAUUUUUGGAUAUCCCCCAUGACUUUGCUUUAGGGUAGCUGAGCAUCAUGGGAAAUGCAGUACAUAAACAUCUAGUGUACAACGAAUAUCCAUCAAAGUCUUAAUGCAUCAGUUACACCCAGAGCAUUGCCUAGUAAUUUAGCCAGCAAUCUGAUAUUUCAAGGCCAUCUGUAAUUUUGCUGAGUGAUAAAUUAUUCUUCCCCCCAAAGAGCUGACACUCCAACGUGUAGUCAUUUGUUUAAAUGUGUAGGACACUUUUGCUAUGAGCCCGAGAACUUUCCCAGCAGGCUGUUCAUGCUCUGACAGACACAGAGAGCUACUUAAACUAUCCAUCAACACUAAUUACAUGAUCAGUCAGAAUGAAUGCACCUAGGGGGCACAGGGAGAGUGCGAGAGCUGAGGUGAGCAGGCAGAGAGAGAUGCAUCCACUUUGUUGCAAUAUUUUGAUAAACAUUUCAGUCUUUGAUCAUUAUGUCAACGAGAGAGGCCGGGCUUUGUAACCCGUUCCUGGCAGGAAGGUUUUUAGAAGACUGAGAGUCUCAAUAUGUCUGCACGUUGAGCAUCUCAUGACCCUCACCACUUCACAACUUACAUAUUAACCAGUGUUUUGUACCAAACUCACACAGAGCUCAUACACAUUAUUUUUAUUUCUAAAGUGCCAAUGUAUUCUGCUCUGCAGUACAAUACGUAAAGUAGACAUACAAAUUACUGUAUCAAGAAGUGAUGAGACCCUUACUCAUACGAACUUACAGUCUAUGGAAAGGGGAUACAAUGUACUUAGAAAGUUAGGUGGGUUGAUAUACUCACAGUAUGAGGAAGGGAAGGUAGGUUGUUAGGUGGACUACUUGCAUCCAGAGAUUUAGGUAGGUUGUUAGGAGGUUUAACUAUAUCUAGAAAAUAAGGUAGGUUUCUCAGUGGACUCAUUCUAUCUGGAAGGGAAGGUAGGUUCCUAGGUAGUCAAACUGUUUCCAGGAGGGCAGUAGGUUGCUAGGUAGACUAACUAUAUCCUUAAAAGCAUAAUUUAUCCAUAGAGCAUAAUUUGCAGGUAUAAUGCUGCCGGCUAAAGUGAGAAGAUGUAGAAAAGGAGUAGCAGAUACAUGGAGUCGCUUACCAACAAGAACAAUUGAAAUUAACAAACGGGAUAGACAUAAGGCUACCCAGAAACACAACUAAGCAAAAUCAGUCAGAGAUUACUUAGUAGACAUAUUAGAUGGGCUGGUUGGUUCUCAUUUGAUGUCACAAUAUGUUUUCAUUUAACACCUGACAUGGUGCCAUAGUUUUUUGGGCACACUGACAGAGAAAAAUGACAAUUACAGUCAUCUGCGACUUAGACGAUCUUGUUGACUUGUCCAUUCUCAGCCAGUUAAUCUUCAAUUGAGUGUAGUUGGCUUCUUAUUUCGUACACAAUAACAUUAAUGCAGAACACAGAAAGCCACCAAAGUCAUUUCUGUUUUACAAUGGUCUGAAAUCAUAAUUAAUAGGGGUAGAUUAACAUUAAAGUAUUAUGUCUACAUAGCAUGCCUUCUCUUAUAGUAAUGAUGGAUGAAGAAUAAUUUAAGUUAGUUUGGAGUAUUGAUCAACUACAAUCAAAGGAAAUAUAUUUGUUUUACUGCAAUCCAAGCCAAAUUUUGUAAAUUGAGCAAUUGCAAAAGUGAUGUAGUGUCCUUAGAAACCAGCGUAUAAACAUAGAUAUCAAUGAGAGAUAAAAAUAUAUAUUAAAUGCCUCCGAGUUUUAGAUGCAUACCUGACGUAGUUUAAAUAAAUUAAAUGUAAAAAAUAGAGCACGUUAUUUAAUGGGCAAUAGCUACUUUUAUCUUCUAGAUUCAAAAAUAUCUUUCCAAGGCUAGCUCCGCUAACUGCAGGGAUUUAAAAAGGGAGAAAAUAAAAGAAAACACAGAUGGUUCGGUCAUUUUCUGCCUCUAUGAGACCUGAUUGAGGGGCAAUGAGGCAUUCUAAUGGUGGAAAGAUAGAAAUUUACUUGCUUUAACUUCAUAUGGCGCUUUGAAAGAGUUCAUUCAAACCCGGACACAACAACAUCAACUGGGUGAAUAAAACCAUUGAAAUUGCAAGCGGCUUUACACUAGCAUUGAAUUCAUGCUCCAUUUCCUCUUAAUCUCUCUCCCCUAUAUGUCCCCUCCUCUCUCCUUUCUCUCACACUCUUUUUUUUUUUCUUCUCUUUUUCUUCUACCUUUUUCUAACCCUAUGCAGCACCCAUCAUUUUGCACCCCUGUUUUUUAAUCCUCUUUCCAUCCGCCAUCGUUACGAUUUUUUUAAUUCAUCUACAAACCUUGUUUUGUUUUUUUAAAAUUUUCAUAUAUUUUUUUUUCUUCUUCUUCACUUCCUUCUUUUUUUAAAUGACAUUUCGGCAACAGCACCCCUGCAGAGUCAGACAAAUAGAAAGCUUGUGAUACAGUGCAUGCAAUGACUUGUCAUUUGAACUGAGGCUUUGAAAGGGAAAUAAAUGAGAGGCAGACAUGGUUUACUAGAAAGACCAAUAGGCACUUUAAUUCUAUUUUGGUUAUUUUAUUUAAUAGAGGUUGUCAGAGUCGGGUAAGAAAAUUGGACGCUAAGUGACUUUGAUUUCCAAUGUUUAGUAAAAAGGUUUGAAUUUUGAUAUUUUACGAGUGGACCCCAGGACUUGACCUACCCAUUAAGCCUAACCCUCCCAGUCUAUUGGAGCUUUAUUUAAGAUAUCCUAUGCAGAUCUCAUGUCUUUACAAAUGCUGUUUUUCUACAUAGCAUCAAACAGCAUCGCUGUAUCUAUCUGUGAAUGUGCAUAUUAUUACUAUGGUGAACAUUACAGUUAAAGCCACAUUAGAUUGCAUAGUACUAUUUCCUACGCAUUUCUCACUCUCUAUUGACAAUAGAGCAGUCUAUGUUUCUGUUUCCUGCUACCUUUUCAUUUUGAUCACUAUACAAUUCCUUUCUUUAACUAUGCCCGCCAUGUCGCUGCAGAAACCUUUUUAUCUCUCAAUUGUAGUUCAGAUGUGUCAUUGAUAGUUUAUAAUGUAGUCAUUAAAUAUUGAUGCUGCUUUCAUGAGAAUAAAAGGGUAUAACACUGCCAUUAACAUCGCUACUAAUUGGGGAGGUUGUGUUUAUAAGAUUAGGGAAUUCUUAGGGUUAUAGGGAGUUUAGUUUUGGGAUGAUGUAGGGUUAGGGAAACUUUUAGUUAAGGGUGAGGAUUUAUAGUCUAUAGUAUUUUAAAGGUAAACUCUUAACCUUUAGUCACCCACAAUUUUAAUUCCCCAACUACAAAUAGAUUGUGUACACUGCUGUACGAGGCAAAGUAAUGACACAAGUCUUAAUGAAUGGUGUCAUAAUGUUUCCUCAAUGUUUUACAAGUAGCAAAAUUGAAGCAUAUAUGACUGACUGAUAGACCGCUUCUGUUUAGGCUCAGACUGUGACAUCAUGCUGCCUGUGACUGUUUGUGUUUAGGCUCAGACUGUGACUCCAUGCUGCCUGUGACUGUUCCUGUUUAGGCUCAGACUGUGACAUCAUGCUGCCUGUGACUGUUCCUGUUUAGGCUCAGACUGUGACUCCAUGCUGCCUGUGACUGUUUCUGUUUAGGCUCAGACUGUGACUCCAUGCUGCCUGUGACUGUUCCUGUUUAGGCUCAGACUGUGACAUCAUGCUGCCUGUGACUGUUUCUGUUUAGGCUCAGACUGUGACUCCAUGCUGCCUGUGACUGUUUAGGCUCAGACUGUGACUCAAUGCUGCCUGUGACUGUUUCUGUUUAGGCUCAGACUGUGACUCCAUGCUGCCUGUGACUGUUCCUGUUUAGGCUCAGACUGUGACUCCAUGCUGCCUGUGACUGUUCCUGUUUAGGCUCAGACUGUGACUCCAUGCUGCCUGUGACUGUUCCUGUUUAGGCUCAGACUGUGACUCCAUGCUGCCUGUGACUGUUCCUGUUUAGGCUCAGACUGUGACUCCAUGCUACCUGUGACUGUUCCUGUUUAGGCUCAGACUGUGACUUCAUGCUGCCUGUGACUGUUCCUGUUUAGGCUCAGACUGUGACUCCAUGCUGCCUGUGACUGUUCCUGUUUAGGCUCAGACUGUGACUCCAUGCUGCCUGUGACUGUGACUGUUUAGGCUCAGACUGUGACUCCAUGCUGCCUGUGACUGUUCCUGUUUAGGCUCAGACUGUGACUCCAUGCUGCCUGUGACUGUUCCUGUUUAGACUCAGACUGUGACUCCAUGCUGCCUGUGACUGUUCCUGUUUAGGCUCAGACUGUGACUCCAUGCUGCCUGUGACUGUUUAGGCUGAGACUGUGACUCCAUGCUGCCUGUGACUGUUUAGGCUCAGACUGUGACUCCAUGCUGCCUGUGAUUGUUCCUGUUUAGGCUCAGACUGUGACUCCAUGCUGCCUGUGACUGUUCCUGUUUAGGCUCAGACUGUGACUCCAUGCUGCCUGUGACUGUUUAGGCUCAGACUGUGACUCCAUACCGCCUGUGACUGUUCCUGUUUAGGCUCAGACUGUGACUCCAUGCUGCCUGUGACUGUUCCUGUUUAGGCUCAGACUGUGACUCCAUGCUGCCUGUGACUGUUCCGGUUUAGGCUCAGACUGUGACUCCAUGCUGCCUGUGACUGUUCCUGUUUAGGCUCAGACUGUGACUCCAUGCUGCCUGUGACUGUUCCUGUUUAGGCUCAGACUGUGACUCCAUGCUGCCUGUGACUGUUUAGGCUCAGACUGUGACUCCAUACCGCCUGUGACUGUUCCUGUUUAGGCUCAGACUGUGACUCCAUGCUGCCUGUGACUGUUCCUGUUUAGACUCAGACUGUGACUCCAUGCUGCCUGUGACUGUUCCUGUUUAGGCUCAGACUGUGACUCCAUGCUGCCUGUGACUGUUUAGGCUGAGACUGUGACUCCAUGCUGCCUGUGACUGUUUAGGCUCAGACUGUGACUCCAUGCUGCCUGUGACUGUUUAGGCUCAGACUGUGACUCCAUGCUGCCUGUGACUGUUUAGGCUCAGGCUGUGACUCCAUGCUGCCUGUGACUGUUCCUGUUUAGGCUCAGACUGUGACUCCAUGCUGCCUGUGACUGUUUAGGCUCAGACUGUGACUCCAUACCACCUGUGACUGUUCCUGUUUAGGCUCAGACUGUGACUCCAUGCUGCCUGUGACUGUUCCUGUUUAGGCUCAGACUGUGACUCCAUGCUGCCUGUGACUGUUCCUGUUUAAGCUCAGACUGUGACUCCAUGCUGCCUGUGACUGUUCCUGUUUAGGCUCAGACUGUGACUCCAUGCUGCCUGUGACUGUUCGUGUUUAGGCUCAGACUGUGAUUCCAUGCUGCCUGUGACUGUUCCUGUUUAGGCUCAGACUGUGACUCCAUGCUGCCUGUGUCUGUUCCUGUUUAGGCUCAGACUGUGACUCCAUGCUGCCUGUGACUGUUCAUGUUUAGGCUCAGACUGUGACUCCAUGCUGCCUGUGACUGUUUGUGUUUAGGCUCAGACUGUGACUCCAUGCCACCUGUGACUGUUCCUGUUUAGGCUCAGACUGUGCUCCAUGCUGCCUGUGACUGUUCCUGUUUAGGCUCAGACUGUGACUUCAUGCUGCCUGUGACUGUUCCUGUUUAGGCUCAGACUUUGACUCCAUGCUGCCUGUGACUGUUCCUGUUUAGGCUCAGACUGUGACUCCAUGCUGCCUGUGACUGUUUAGGCUGUUGAGGCUCAGACUGUGACUCCAUGCUGCCUGUGACUGUUUAGGCUCAGACUGUGACUCCAUGCUGCCUGUGACUGUUUAGGCUCAGACUGUGACUCCAUGCUGCCUGUGACUGUUUAGGCUCAGACUGUGACUCCAUGCUGCCUGUGACUGUUCCUGUUUAGGCUCAGACUGUGACUCCAUGCUGCCUGUGACUGUUUCUGUUUAGGCUCAGACUGUGACUACAUGCUGCCUGUUCCUGUUUAGGCUCAGACUGUGACUCCAUGCUGCCUGUUUCUGUUUAGGCUCAGACUGUGACUCCAUGCUGCCUGUGACUGUUCCUGUUUAGGCUCAGACUGUGACUCCAUGCUGCCUGUUACUGUUCCUGUUUAGGCUCAGACUGUGACUCCAUGCUGCCUGUUCCUGUUUAGGCUCAGACUGUGACUCCAUGCUGCCUGUGACUGUUUCUGUUUAGGCUCAGACUGUGACUCCAUGCUGCCUGUUCCUGUUUAGGCUCAGACUGUGACUCCAUGCUGCCUGUGACUGUUCCUGUUUAGGCUCAGACUGUGACUCCAUGCUGCCUGUUCCUGUUUAGGCUCAGACUGUGACUCCAUGCUGCCUGUGACUGUUCCUGUUUAGGCUCAGACUGUGACGUCAUGCUGUCUGUGUCUGUUUCUGUUUGUGUUUAUGCUAUGGUUGUGACUCAAUGCUGCCUCUGUCUGUUUCUGUUUCUGUUUGGAUUCAUGCGGUGACUCUGCGCUGCCUGUGACUGUUUAUGUAUGUGUUUAGGCUGAGACUAUGACUUCAUGUUGCCUGUGACCGUUUCUGUGUGUUUCAAACUGAGACUGUGACUUUAGGUAAAAUUAAAUUAGCUCAGACAAAGUAUACCAAUUUAAAUCUUAAAAAUACAAAAAAAAAACAUAACUUAAUGGUACCCUCUAAGCACCACAACCACAACAGCUGGCUAUAGUGGUUAUCAUGCAAAGAGUGCCCUGGUGCCCCACCCCAUAUGUAAGUAGUUUUUCAAUUAUUUCCUUUCUUACCAGGAUGCUGCCGGUUUUACAAACGCCAGAGAUGUAAGUUCCUAAGCAGAGCUGAUGUUCCCAUUAGGAAGUGGACGCCUUUCCAGUAGAAAUAGCCUGUUUUCAGCACGUAUUAUGUGCAUUUUUGAGCUGGUGGGGAGAGAUAAGCACCGAGCCUAUCAGUCUGGUGUGAAUACAUCCCACUGACCAGCCCCACUUGGAAGAACCUGCAAAGAAUGCUGGUUAAAGUUCUGCCCAUUCAGUUUGCAAAGUGUGAGAAUGCCCAGGGAUACGAACAGGCUUCUCUUGUUGAUUGGGGGCACCAGGGAACAAACCUGCAACAGUAGGACAAGAGCGCAAAGCCAGGACUGUGCUGACAAACUUGGGACUGUUGGGAAGUAUGAUUAACACACCACUACCUUAAAAUAUACCCCAAUAUUUUGGGGCCCUAUACUAAUGUUAACAUGGGGGUUGAUAACUCUAUCUACAUUACUAAUGGCUCCAAGGGGCUAUCAUCCUCUUUGUUUAAAGUCCUGGCUUAUAAAGCUUGAUAUGUUAUUCAGUAAUUAUAUUACCGGUAAUGUAGAAACUCUCACCGAAUCAUUCUCUGAAUAGCAGGGUUACGCUGUCUGUUGUCCCUCUAUAACACUACUGAGCAGACGACUGUUAUUCCAGAACAGAUUCUGUACAAAAAGCUGGGUGCCAGUGAUUGACAAGCAUUAACACGCCCACAAUACAGGGACAGCAAGCAAUCAAAUGGGCCAAAGCGGAUUUUAGCCACUAACCCAGAAAGGCCGUGAAUGAUGUGCGCUGAGAGAAAGCGCUUUUUUAUUGUAACGCUGCCAAAGAUGGCAUUAGACUGAUAUGUUUUUAGAUGAGUUCCUGCCUUGUUCUUCUCAGCUCCCCUGGAUGUAUUAACCUCGGGGACACUGUACGAAUGCGUUCCAGUAGUGCACCUGCUGGGGUCACCCAAUCUUAUUCAGUUUUUCAUCUUCGCAGAAUAAACUAGUGUGUACGAGUUCCACUGUCUUUAUGCUGACGAUAUCCCAGUCUGAGACUGUCUAGCACAUUGUGCAUUUCACACUGCUGUAAUUGUGGAGGGGGGAAUGCUUCAUACAUCUUGAUAAUCAACUAACUUCUUUCCAACGGCUUAAGACGGCUGGCUUAGAUUGUGAGCUCUGUGGAUCAGGAGACCUGUUUAAUUAAAGUAUACUUGGCUUCCUGUUUGUUGUUAAUUUUCUUGUUUAUUCUUUUAGAAUCACGCUCCAGCUGGACUGUUCAUGAAAACUAAAGAUCCCUGCACAUCCUCUGCCUCCCCAGAUAUUCUGGAAAUUGAGUUCAAAAAAGGUGUGAAUACCAUAGAACCAAAAUGCAGUGUAAAAAAAAAAAUGUUUCUGGGACACAGACAGUAGAAAAUGUGCCAAAGGGUUUCGUGGUUCCUACAAUGGGUCAGGCAGUGGCUAGCACAAACGGAACACCAUUUAACUUUUUAAAGGUCCAAGACAUGCUACACAUAAACCCAAUUACAGGCAGUUAUUGAAAGUAUGGGUUUGUUACUGGAAUACAAUGAUUCACAUCUGAUCCGGUCUGUUUCUAUAGAGGCUAAUUUAAAUGGAAGAUUUGAUGCAGAGAAGCAUAGGAUGACUGCAGGCACAGACAGAGGAUGAUCAAAACUAUUUCUGAAUGAGGGAUAAAGAGACAUAAUGAUUGCAGACCCAGACUUGACGUGGAAACGUGAGGCCCAGUGACAUGUGAGAUAGCUAUAGACUUUGACAAGUGCAGAGUACAGAGACAUAGGAAGUUUUUAAACACAGAGCUGAGAGACAUAUGGUUGGAAUCAGAGUCAAAUAAGAUAGAAAAGAUGCUAUAAGAUAGCAGAAAGAUAGAGAUAGUUUUGACAGCUGAGAAUCAUAGAUACAUAGGAUUGGAAGAGAGAUGAGAGGUGCACAACAGAGAGAAGCUGACAGAUUAACUCCAAACUGUUAUUUUUAGAAAAAUUCUCUUAUAGAGUUAGCACCGUGACCACUUCGGUGAUGUGAAGUUGUUAUGGUGCCUAAAGUCUGCAUGGGCCGCAUUUCGCUAUGGCGGAGGUGUAACUCUACCUGGCCAUGUCAUUAGGGUGUCAUCAACCAGACUGGAGCCAGUUAAUUCAGUGUGUAGUGAAUGCAUUGUGUGUGUGUGUGGAUGCAGUGUGUGUGUAGUGUAUCCAGUUUGUGCAUGUAGUGUAUGUGUGUGUGCUGGAUGCAAAGUGUGGUAGAUACAGUGUGUAGUAGAUGCAGAGUGUGUGUGUUGUGGAUGCAGUAUCUGUAUGUAGUGGAUGCAGAGUGUGUGUAGUGGGUUCAGUGUGUUUGUAGUGGAUACAGAGUGUGUGUUUAGUGGAUGCAGUGUGUGUGUGUAGUAGAUGCAGUGUCAUUGUGUGGUGGAUGCAGUGUGUGCAGAGUGUGUGUAGUGGAUUCAGUGCCUGUGUAGACGAUGCAGUAUGUAUGAGUAGUAGAUGCAGUGUGUAGUGGAUGCAGACUGUGUAGUGGAUGCAGUGUUUGUGUACAGUGGAUGCAGUGUAUAUGUGUAGUGGAUGCAGACUGUGUAGUGGAUGCAGUAUCUGUGUACAGUGGAUGCAGUGUCCGUGUAGUGGAUGCAGUACCCGUGUAGUGGAUGCAGUACCUGUGUAGUGGAUGCAACGUGUGUGUAGUGGAUGCAGUGUGUGUGUGUGUGUAGUGGAUGCAGUGUCAGUGUUUUUGUAGUGCAUGUAGUAUGUUCAGUGUGUGUAGAUGGGUUGGAUGGAGGCUGUGAACCAUUUUUGUUUAAAUUUAUGUUUAGGCUUAAUUCUCCCUUCCUACCUCUUACCUGUGGCCAGGGAGGGGCGACACUAAAUUAUCUGGUGGUCCAGUGGCACAGCAUGUCCUGUGAAGAGUGGGCCCAGGAAUCUAAUCAUUCCCUCCUGCAACUUCAUGUCCUCUCCAUGCGUAUUGCAUGCCAGAGCAUUUCCAUGGCAUUCUGCGGCAAAGCUCACACGGCUCCCUCUUCACAGGUCAGGGUUGCGAGGGCCCGGACCUAUGUGUAUAUAUAUAUAUAUAUAUAUAUAUAUAUGCAGAUAGGCAGCCCGGGCCGCACUGCAGGUAACUUAAAGUGUAAAAGGGCAGCAAAAUGUCGCCUCAUCAAAGUGCCGCCUGGAGCCAUGGCCCCACUGGGACCAAUGGACGGGCCGGCCCUGACCGAGGGUACCCCGGUAAGAAGGAAAAGUAUUGCUAAAUAGUUUGCCGCAUUACCAAGGGACUGCGCUAGAAUACUGCUAGUAUCAUAACCCCUACAACUUGCUUGAAAUAACCCUUCAACCUUCUUUUUCAAUUCAGUAAACAGACCCCACAGAACAACAUUAACUUGAAUAGUAAACGUAAAUAACAAUGGCAUAUAAGCUACAGUCAGAGUAGGCACACAAGGGUUUAUUUACUAAACAACAAGUGAAUUAAAUCUGUCUUGCAAAAUUCAGUCUAAAAUAGCUACGCCAUAAAAGAAGUGGAGUUAAAACGUGUUUGUUUUUUCUAAACCAGCUUAAAUUUCAAAAUUCAGUUUACAGUUCGCCACAAUGUGCUUUUUGGUGAAUAAACCCCUUAAAGGAUUAUUCAGUAAUAGGAGUUUAGUCCAUAGCAGCAUAAAGAGAAUUUUGCAGUGCAACUAUUUUGGCCUAAAAUUACCAACUCCCUUCUCCACAAUUUCCAGUCUACAAGUAAAUAAACUGGUAGUAUCGUUUAUAAUGUAACCUUCUGGUACCUCUAUACUACCCUAACAGCUGACUUCCUGAAUCCUGAGCAUUCCGUAGAAUUUAGAACUGCCCUGCAUAAUAGUAAACAUAUCACUGUAAAGUUCUCUAGCUCAUAUAAAAUAUUUAUUUGCCGUAAUUGCUAGCAUUCUUAUUUACAAGUGGCUUUAAAAUGACUUGUGGUAUUGUUAGCUGAUCUCCGAGGCAAAUUUAGCCUUUCUCACAUAUUCGGGAGAAAAAAAAAACACAUGGCAAACUCUUUUUUUUUUUUUACCCUUUUCUAUGUGAUUCCUCAUUCACCCCUCACUUCAUUUAUUUGAAGUUUUAAUCUAAUUAUUGACUAUUUUAAAACGAUCAGCAGCUGAGCAAGAUGCACAGCCUGCGAUGGGGCAGGGACGAUUUGUGAAUUCCAGAUGAAGAAAGCCUUUCGCAAAUGUCCUUAAAAAAAAAAAUAGGAUCUGCGGACUGAUGAGGGGAGCUUAAAGUUCAUUAUUGCAAAGAAUUACAUUUAAUAGCAAUAGAGAUUGAAAGGAAUCUGUUAAGGGGUGAUUGGCAGUGAAUAGGCCAAUGCAUGUUAAUAAGGAGAACAGAUGGAAGAGAGAUUAAUAGCAAACUGGGCUCAGCAUUGCUUUGUACCAGAACAACCCCUUGUCUGAUUGCUGAUACAUUUAUUGCUCAUUUCACUCUACAAAAGUAUAAUAACCCUUUUCUUUUCAUAGUCUGUCUUCUCCCUCCCACCCAAAACCCUUUCCAUCCAAAUGUUCCCCCUUAUCCCCCCGCCUCACUCUUGGUCAUUUCACCACACCCUUCCUUUUUCCCUUUCUUUUGGAAGGUGUAAUAAUUAAUUCAUGGGAUCCCCCUUCAGCCGAACGGCUGUAACAUCUCGAAGACUGGAACUGCUCCCAUUGAGCAGUGACAGCCACAUAACUUUAGCUGGACCCACUUGGCGCCCUUUGAAACAGACAUUACGUGAGGGUGGGUGGGUAUGAGCAACCCACCGGGCGACUGGGCCACCAGUCCCCCCCCUUAUUCCCAUUUGUCAGGCUCAAAUCCCUGAGUGGUAGGACAGAAGGCGCAGAUUCGUAAGACAAUGGAAGAGCGUGAAAUUUAAUUAGUAAUGGGACUGGUUGCGAUUUCACAGUGUAUGAAAUGAAAGAUGGUAUAGCAGUAAUGAGACAGGGGGUGGGGGGAUAUAUUUUUAUUGCCAUUUCUAUGUUACUCUGAAUCUCUAACCUCUCCCCUCACCUCCUGCUAUUUAAGAAGUUACUUAGAGUUCAUAUCUGUCUCAUCCAUUUAAUGCUGUGUGUGGUGUAACGAGGGCUCGUUGUAUUGAAUGGAGAGUGAUUUGGUCCCUGGGGGUUUUCUGUGUGUAUUGCCAUUUUCACUGCCACUGGCGCCCACUUUGUGUUUUUCUGUUUCUGCCCGCUCACAGGUGUCCCCGUGCAAGUCACCAACGUUAAUGACGGGACAAGACAUAAGACAUCGCUGGAGCUAUUUAUUUAUCUCAAUGAGAUUGCGUAAGUCAUUGCCGGAACACGUAUAUAAAUGCUAAUAAUUUUGUUUUGUCCUGAACAAUCAUUUGAAGAUGGCAAUUUUUCCAGAUGCCCAAACGUUACUUUCUACAAAUGCUACUUUAUUGACACAGUCAUCAUUUUCUCAGACUGUAUACCUAACUUUAUGUUCUAGCUGUCAUAUCGUCUUAGAAUAUAGUUAUCACCGGUUAACUAGAUUGACAUGAUAACUCCUCCUUGAGUUCAGGUGAAGACGUACAAACAGCUGAGACACCAUCAGGGUUUAUUCAUUCAGAAAUUAAUUAACGUAAUGAAAUUGCGCUGAAUGCAAAAGGGAAUUACAGGCCAAAAUAGACAAAUUGUAAAGAUUCUCAAACCCUUUAAUUUUUUUUCACCGAAAAAUUGGCCUGAAAUUUGCAAUUCACCUUUUCAAUUCAAAUCAGGAGUUCCUGAAAAUGAGUCAUAUAUCGGCAAAAGUCAAAAUUGAUCUGUACAUUCAUAUUCUGAUGGGCUAGGUCAUGUUAAGCCUUCAAAGUCCUUCUAAACUCAAGUCCCCCUACCUUUAACCCUAGCAUCAAGGCAGCAACUUUUAAAUGGGUCGAGUUAUAAAUUGCACUGUAAUGACUGUGUGAUCUUAUGUAGCAAUUAUAUGCCACUCAUAUAGUGAUCAGACAUUUUAUUCACGCGGUUUUAACAGCAACAUAUUUUUAGUGGAAACCAGCAGUACGGACCUUUUAUUUUAACCUCUGUCCCCCUUUAAAUAAAUUAGCAAGAAUAUCAGAAAUCUUUAUAAACUGGGGAGAGGGGCAUUAGGGGGGUGUACAAGUGAUCCAGCAGGAGCAGUCUGCCCAAGAAAAAAAAGGGGGCAUGUCAGCCUGGAAUGUAUUCACACCCUGUUGAUCUGAUGCCAAGCAGCACCCUUCAGGCAGCUCAGGUUUAGAGCCACAUUGAGACAAUCUUGCGCUGUUCAAACAAGUAGAAGAGUUUUACUUUUAGAUCUUUUUCAAAACAUUUUAGGGAAUUAUAGCACUGAACGUCACAUUUUCAGGCUUUCUGCCCGUAUUGCAAACUUUAUACCAGGGCUAUCCUUCAUACAAGGCAAGCAGGUUCAAUUCAGACUCCUUAUGCUUUGUAGACUCUUUGGAAUCAGAUUGACAUUGAUGUGAUUGGUAAUGAGCGCCCCCUUCUGGACACAGAAGCUGGCUGGCUACAUUAAAUACUAUUCUCUGGCUUUUACUUUUAGUCUUUAGAAAUCCGAAGUUUGUUUAAUGGAUUUUAGAAGUAUGUAUCAAGCUGUGAAUGCGUGCUCUGCCUUCGCUCUCUCCUGCCCAUAAAUGUUCUCCUUUUCAAAUGUCAACAACAUAAAGUAUGAAAACACAGGCUACACUUAAAGAAGCCAUUUUGUAGCAUGGUAUUAUUAUUUUUUUUAUAACUCUUUCUAAACUUCCCCAGGUGAAACAUACCACUAAAUAAAAUUACUGUGCCUUUAUAGAGAAUACAUAAGUGAUGAAAAUAUGGUUUAUCACACACAUCCGUUCAUCUAGAAUGUAAGCUCAUUUGAACAGGGCCCUCAAUACCCUCGGUUCUAGUGCUUCCAACUUGUCUUGCUGCAAAUACCUGUUUGUUAGUCUACUUAUUGUACAGCGCUGUGGAAUUUGUAGGCGCUUUAAAAAUAAUAAUUAUUAUUAUGGCUAUAGAAUAGUGCAGUUUGGAUCCCCAGGUCCUUAAUGGAACACUUUGAGUGUCUGUGCAUUGCUCAAACCUUUAGCUAUUACAGGGUUAAAAAUAAACUUAUUAGGAAUGGCCAAUCUCAACAAAUUCCACAUGUCAACCAUAUUAUCAGUUUGGGAUUUUUUUUUGGUCUAAAAUGUGAAAUUCACAUUGAUUUCACAUUGAGUUUCUGAAAUUCACCCUCUAGUGAAUAACAUAAAAGAUACCUUGAAAUCUCUGUCUUGCGGUGAAUUCGGGGAGACCAUUUGUACUUGUUUAAGAGCAUAUUUAGAAUACCCAGAAAGCAUCCGGCUCGAAACUAUAAAGAAAGACAUUUCUCGUGUCUGUUAGUCCAUCUAUUAUACAGCGCUGCAGAAUUUGCCAUCUAUUAUACAGCGCUGCAGAAUUUGUUGGCGCUUUAAAAAUCAUUAUUAUUAUUAUUUAUAUAAAAUAGUGUCGUUUUGAGCCCCAGAUCCUCAGGGAGACUUUGAGUAUCUGUGCAUUGUUCACACUUUUACCUAUUACAGAACUAAAAGGAAACUUAUUAGGAUUUGCCAAUCUCAACAUAUAUACAGAUUUAACUAAUUAUAAGAGUAUAAGAAUAUAAGAGUUUAUAGGUAGCUAAAUUACAUUUCCCAGAACCCUAGAUUGGCUGAGGAUCAUAGGAGAUGUAGCAGGUGUUACCUGGUGGUUACAUGAAUUCUAGAUGGCAUAUAGAUAAUACAUUAUUCAGGCUAAGGUACACAAUUUAAAGGGACGCUAUAGUCACCCAGACUACUUCAGCUCAAUGAAGUGGUCUGGGUGCCAGUUCCCCCAGGUUUUAACCCUUCAGAGAAAACUGUGCUCUUGCCACACGUGCAUUCCGCUCCACUCGGGAGCUGACAUCAGCGGGGGAGGAGAGGUCACCAGCACCGAGGGAGCCCAGAGCUGGAUAAAGGUAAGUGGCUGAAGGGGUUUUAACCCCUUCAGCACAAAGGGAGGGGGACCCUGAGGAUGGGGGUCCUAAGGAUGCUAUAGUGUCAGGAAAACGAGUUUGUUUUCCUGGCACUAUAGUGAUCCUUUAAUUAUGCUAAGGAUGGUAGGGUGUUGCUGUGUUACACAUUGACAUGGUUUAUUUGAAAACGCCAAUGUUUCACAACCAAAACAUUGCAGCUGACAGUAAAUCCGAUCCCAUCAGCCCCUCCAGACUGAUCUUGGUGACAUCUCCAACUGACUUUGCUGGUUUGUUCUUUAUUCAAAACCCAAGCACGCUUAAUUUUUUUUUUUUUACCUUGUUCGUACUUACUAUGCCCGCUGGGCUGCUGUGCCAGGUAUCUGCUACCCAGCAUGGAAAGCAGUAUUCUCACACAGUUCAUCAGUCUUUAGCCUUUCAACGUCAAAUAAUUCCUUAUUGUUACACUAUCUGUCUUUUUGAUUGAAAAUGCUUAAUUUUGGUAAAUGACACUACCGGUAAUUUGUUGUGUCUUUGCAGAGGCAAGCACGGUGUAGGCCGGAUUGACAUCGUAGAGAACCGAUUCAUCGGGAUGAAGUCUCGAGGUAAAUUAAACGUCUCUACUCACCAGAUUUUUUUGGCUUGCCCACCACUUCUUAUACACUCUUCAUACAUUAAGCAUUGCAGCAAGCUAAAGUGCUUUAGGAGUCCGCAGUGUCCCUUUAAUUUUGCAGAGCAAGAAUGAGCGAGGGGUAUUGGAAAGAGCGGGUUAAGGAAAUUAAUGUCACCGUGUUUUCCGUAUGCUUAAAUAGUAAGCCUAUAUUUUAUAUUUUGAUAGACUUGUUUCUGUUGCUAAGUACUUUCAUUACCUUAAUGGUCCAUAAAGAGAGAUUUAGAAGACAACUAUGUGAACAAUUUAAAGACCCUUUUAGGCCACAAUAGGCAAAUGUAAAAAUUUCACAUGUCAACCAUAUUAUUAGUUUGGCUCUUUUUUUUAACCUCAAAUUUGAAAUUCACUUUGAUUUCACCUUGGAUUCCUACACAUCACCCCUUAGUGAAUAACCUAAAAGAUACCUUGAAAUAUCUGUGUGUUGCAGUUUUAUUUCAUGGGAUGUCUUUCCCCCUUGGUAGUAAAGCUACCCACCUCUGUUCAAAUCACAUUUCUUUUUUUAUCCACUUUUACAGAAACACAUUUUCUCCUAAGCCCUGCCCAUUUUUUGCCCAUAUAAGAUGUUUUUUGGAUGUUUCCUCUGCCUACCCUUCAUGCCCUGCCCACAAAACAUUUGACAUGAAAUCUCUUUGGAAAAAGAUGUUCGGAUAAGCCUGUCCGAUAAUAUCACGAUGGUCCUGGCACACUGUUAAGAAGGGGUUAAGCCACAGAACAAAUACAAUUAAUUAUUUUAAAAUGUAUUUGUCUGGUAGUUGCUAGGAUGUAAACCAGGCCUUCUUCGGUGUAAAUGCAAAACGUAUAUGUAUAUGCACAUGACAAUAACAAAACAUACUUUUCCUGUCUGUAAGCUGGCAGAGCUUAAUGGGAAUUGUAACAGAAAAGCCAUUAAGGUCACUGUUGGACAGCACUUAUAGAAGCCAUUUCAGCUUUCUUAUCAUCAUAACAAAGCUAUAGUGUGCUUAUUCACAAACAAGCGACAUUUUAAAAACAAAGCUGCAAAACUUAGACAAAAAAAGGUUGAUUUAAAAAAAAUGUAAAAAUAAAAUCUCGAACCUGGCUAUAGUCACAACUUGGCUUUUUUAGCCUGAAUUUCACCAGAAUUAGCUGUUCAGUGAAUAAACUCUGUUGAUUUUUUUGUCUCAUGCCUAUUAAGAGGUCCGAUGUUCCUAAAGCAACAUAAACAAUGAAGAUACUUGAUAUAUUGGGGUUGUCGAGCCCCUUAUCUGGAAGAGUUAUUAAAACCCUAAAUUAUACAUAACAGAAGAGUAAACUUUGUUCAAUUUAACGUUUACUCCUUUAUAUUCCAAUUUUAGGAUCUCUAGCCUAAACUUUACAACUCAUUGGUUAACACGCCAAAACACACUGUUUAGUGAAUAAGUCACCAAGACGUGUCACAGUACCUUGGUCCCUAAAGCAUUACACUUUUGCUACCAGAGCCUUGAGCAGUGUAUCUCACACACCUUUUAGCUUCAAGAGGAUUAAAAAAAAAGGUCACAGAUAUGAUUUUCGCGUCCAAAUAUUCCUUCAGCUGAAUGCGACCGCGUUCUUGCAGAAGUGCUUUAUAUUUGGCUUACACAAAAAAAAAAGAGUGAAAAGAAUAGAUUGAAUGUCUCAUGCUAUGCUUAGAAAACGCGGGGCAAAUGAAAUUGCAAUAGAUUUCAUUCACAUUGUGAGUUUUGCACCCUCAUUAUCAAAUUAUGGUUUUUGCUCUGAAGGAGGCCUAAUUAAAUCAAGUAAAUUAAAUCUGUAGGAGGCAAAAAAGCAGCAUGUUUUGUCUCUUAAUUCUUCCUAAAGAACAAUGAUUUUUUUUUUCAGAUUUUUUUUUUUACUUUUUUUUUAUUAACCCUGUAAAUAGGAGACAGAAAUAGGCAUAUCAUUGAACGCGCAAUAUUUACACUGACUAUUUUAUUAAAAUGAGAAGAAUGGUAUUAUAUACAAGAAGACAAGUGGACAGCUGUUUUUUUGUUUUGUUUUGUUUUUUAAUUAAUAGCAUCACUACUAAAAAUGUAACACAAAGGGGCUUAUUCACUACAGUGAAAUUAGUGAAGACAAUGAGAGAACUGCAAAUUUUACACUAAAAGAGCAGAUCUGGAAAAAUCCCCAAUUUUCAGCCCACUAUUUUGUAAAAUCCAGAGUUAUAUUGUUAAUUCUAUGUCCUAGGUCUGAUGAAUAACGAUACCAUCAUCAUAUGCUGUGUUUUUUGUUUAAUUCAGAACACACAUAAUAUAUUCACGAUUCGUCAAACGUGCAGAAGGCAGUUUUUACCCAUUUCACUCCCGUAGAAUGCAUUUUUUUAUAAGCAUACCUGUUACUAUCGUAAUAUAUAAACUAGAAGCUUACCUCAUCUACCUGUUCAUCUUAAAUGUAUUUGGUUCUCUCUGCAUUCCCAUCAUACUGCGCUGCAGAACAUGUUGGUGCUCUCGUUACUCAGAAUUAUUCUGAUUAUUUUUAUCAGUCCCUGUGGUCUCAAUAUUAGGCAGCCGACUUGAGUUUUCUAGGACAGCCUUACUAUGCUGAUCAAAAUUAAAUCAAAAAGGGAAAGCGAGAGAGAGUCUCAACUUUAAGAACAAAUACAUUUUGAACUUUAUACAUGCGGACGUAUUCACAAAAUAGUGAGAAGAGAGUUGGAUAAAAAAGCAAAAGUUACAGACUGUCUCUCAACUAGUUAUAAUAAUAAUAAUACAUUUCUGUAGUAUAUACAGGGUGGUCAUUAUUAUUAUUAUUAUUGACAUUUCUAUAUAGCGCCAACAGAUUCCGUAGCAGUUUACAAUAUUAUAAGAGGAGGGGAUUUAACUAUAAAUAGGACAAUUACAAGAAAACUUCCAGGAACAAUAGGUUGAAGAGGACCCUGCUCAAACGAGCUGAAAGUCUAGAGGAUAUAAAGUACAUGUUCAGCUUUGAACUUUAAUAACUUUAGAAUUACAUAUAACAGUUGUGAACGGCAUACAAACAGCAUAUAAAAAAAAUUGUUUUAAUUAUUUUUAAAUUGUCGACGUAACCGCCAUCAUUUUUGACAUACUUUUAAAACAAUUUUCCAACUGGUUAGAAACGUAUUUAAAACGAUUUACCUUUCAUUUCAGGAGUGACCUGUAACACAUGUAAUGCCAAAGUUAGACUAACGUUGUAUAAGGACUUCCCAACCAGACUAUAUUUUAACUGCAUAUACAGGAAGUGACAUUCAAAUUUAAGGUCAAAUUAGCUCAACUUGAAAACUCUCUAGGUCAACUAUGCAUCCAGUUUGACUUCUCUAGGCUUGAGUUUGAAAUUCUCUUUGAAUUCUCAGUUUAGUAAAUAACCUCAUAAGUGCUUCACAGUUGAUGUUAUUAUAUGAUGGGACAGGUUUACGUCUAGCUGGCGCAAUAUCUAUACAGAUAUCAAAAUAGGUCCCAAGAGCUUAUGAUCUAAAUAGAGGACCUUUUUUUGACAGGCAAUGAAAUCCUAGCAAUUCACACUUUAGUAAAUAACUAAACCCCCCCAGUCUGAAAAUUUUGGGUGCUGUAGUCUGACAAUAUUGUCAUAGACUGUCAUGUAAUAUUGGGAGUAUCGGAGGAGAGGCAUAGUUUGCCAUACUCCUGAUUUUAAAACACUGUCUAGAUUCAUGGCCAGUAAUGUCUUAACAUUUUGUGAGAUGUUCCUGAACUACAUUUCCCAAAAUGCUCAGCCAUCCUUAAGUAACACAUAGGGAGACAUGGUACACCAUCACUGCUCACUGAGAUUGUUUGAUUUUGCUGCCUCUUAGACAUUAGAGAGCUUGAAAACCACAAAAAUGCCAAUCACUGCUGUCAAAUUCCCGGCACCCAGGGAGGGAGAAAAUGUGGAAAUAUUUAUAGCUUUUGACCUCUCGCUAGGCAGAGAGACAAAUAAUUCCUCUUUACAGUAUAAUAGCCAUCAAGUGACAUAAUAGCGUCUUAUAUAAACCCAGGCAGAUUUGCGGCCCCCAUGGCCUCUCGCUCUCUUUUGGAAUGAGUUGUGUUUUCAAGAAUUUUUGGCACCAAAAACCCAUAUUUGCUGCAGAUCUCUUUUUGUAUUUCUGUUUUUUGUUGUUUUUUUUUUUCAAUUUAUUUUCAUGUAAGAUUUCUUUCAUCAUAGAGAUCAAACACUGUUGAAUUAUCUUUGUUAGAAUUUAUUUGACUCGAAAACGUGAUUCUCUAGCUAAUUAAUUGUCAUGGAAAAAGACAACUUGAUUAGGGAGCACAAAAGAAAAAUCCUACUUUUUGGCUUCUUGAACCUUUUAAUGGAAAAAGUGUGUAAACCUUUAUAUUUCAUAGCAGGUCACUCCAUCUUUGCAAGUAAUGAUUUCAACCAAAUGUUCCCUUUACACGUACGACCUUCCAGUAGUCGUUCAAGUGGUUUUUGGCAUACUUGAGAUGUACAUCAUGAGUGAUGUACAUCUAUUACUUCUAUCUACUAUUGCUAUCCUCCUGUGUACUUUGUUCAGUUUCUUCCGAGUGGUGGACUGAAUUCUAACGAUGGAAGAGUAGCCAUAUCUGUUUCGCUGGAGACUACGUUUUUGGUGACCUCCUUCAGUAAUGUUCACCUUGCUCUUGGAGUGAGUUUAGUUGGACAACCAUUCUUGGGAAGAUGAAGAGUUGUCUUGGGUUUCGUUUCCGGUCAUAAACCAGUGGAAGCUAAACUGUACAGUAAUGGGUUUGUAAUCCUCCACGGCCACUUGACCGUAGAUAACUUUUUAUUCAUAGACUUUAAGAAUCUUGGGGCUUGAUUCACUUCAGAAACCUGUGUCAUGAAGACCAUACUAUCUUUUUUAGGAGAAGGGUCUCUCAAGUCUAAACCUUAUGGUUAUCUAACUAUUGGGAAUAUCUGACUCCGAUUAAGCACUUUAAUAGAGAUGAGUAAUUUAAAGGUUCGCAUACUUUUUCCGCGUUUGAUCAAAGUGUACAAUAAUGGCAUGUAAAAAUGAUUUGUGUACAUGUUUGUUUACUCAGGAACUCUUUUUGUCUUACGUGAAUAUCUAAUCACAUUUUAGGACAUAUCAAUACAGAAUGGUAAAAUUCAAGGGUUUACAAACUUUCACUAUCCAUUGCUAUUCCAGCCCGGAAUGUAUAUUUUACAACUCAGCAGUUCCUUAUCCUAUAGACACAGAUGAUCUAGGUGGUGUCUGUGUGUGUGUGUAUGUGUGUAUGAUUUUGACUGCGUCCUUUCAUAGUGGCAGUGUGGGAGGGCGGCUUUUCUCUCUCCCUUCACUUUGUCUCCAGUUCUGUCAGUGCUAGCAGCCUGCUGCCUUUUAGCUGUAGACAGCUGUCACAGCAGAGAAAUUCUUUAAAAAAAAAAAAUGAAAGUUAAAAAAAUAAAAUAAAAAUUGAAACCCAUCCUCUAGCUUGCUUUGAGAGUGAAACAGGAAUCAUACUUACAAGAAAGAAAAGGAAAGAGAAGUGAUGUUUUUUUUUUCCUUUCUUUAUAUGAAAUGUCUGUAUGCAAAUGUAUCAAAUUUCCCAGAAUCCUUCAUAACAACUGCCUUAUGACAUUGGCAUGCAGCACAGACUAGUGGUUAGCUGGGCCAUGUGGAUAUGAGAUGUGUGAAUUCUUGAGUGUAUGGUCAUUUCAUUAAUUAAUUUAACCUGACUCAGGGCCAGCUCAACUGAGGGAUAAUUAUUACUAUUAUUGCCAUUUAUAUAGCGCCAACAGAUUCCGUAGCGCUUUACAAUAUUAUGAGAGGGGGGAUUUAACUAUAAAUAGGACAAUUACAAGAAAACUUACAGAAACGAUAGGUUGAAGAGGACCCUGUUCAAACGAGCUUACCUCCAGUCUACAGGAGGUGGGCUAUAAAACACAUAGGAAAUAGCAGUCAAAUUAGGUGGGAGUAAAGCAGAGCUGGAGGAGAGAGUAGAGUGCUACCCUUUAGGAGAGAGCAAGAGACAGGUAUGUGAGGUAGAGGUUAGUCUGGGAGGCCAUAGGCUUUCCUAAAGAAAUGGGUUUUAAGGCACUUCUUAAACGAUUGAAGACUAGGGGAGAGUCUGAUGGCGGUAGGCAGGCUAUUCCAUAGGAAGGGAGACGCCCGUGAGAAGUCCUGCAGGCGCGAGUUGGCCGUACGGGUGCGAGCAGCGGACAGAAGAAGGUCAUGGGCAGAGCGGAGAGACCGAGAAGGUGCAUACCUAUGGAUCUGUGAGGCGGUAUAAGAGGGACUAAGAUUAUUCAGUGCUUUAUAGGUAUGGGUUAGUACUUUGAAUUGACUCAUAUAGGAUAAAGGAAGCCAAUGUAAGGACUGAUAGAGGGGUGAGGUGUGAGAGGAAUAUCAGUCUGGCGGCAGCAUUCAUUGCAGACUGUAGCAGGGCAAUACAGCUGUUGGGAAGACCCAAUAUAAUAAUGAGCAUCCUUGUGUUGUUUAACUUUGGGGAAAGUAACUAUAAUCUUGGGUAAUUUUCCAAAAGUUGUGUUACUAAAGCAAGGUCCUCAACACACCUCAGGGACCUACCUAUUACCUGAAUGUAAGAUCUCUCCAAUUAACUUCUAAGUGGUGUCCUAGGCACACAAAAAAUUAAUAGUAUCAUGUUUAAAAAAAAAAAGGUGUUUCCUGGGACAAGGAAGCAUCUGGAAAAGAUGGUCACUUCCUUAAAAUGGUUUGGAAUCACCAUGAUUGCCUAGAUCAAGGUAAUGAGUAGAAGGAGUAACCAAUCAACCUACCAUGUUGUCAGCAAAGCUGUAUCAGUGCUCACUUCAGCAGCACAUAUACUAAAAUCGGAACAGUACAAAGAAGGUUAGCAUGGCCCCUGAGCAAGGACGACAUGCAAAUUCUUGAAUUGUUUAAAAAAAAAGAAAAGAAAGAAAGAAAAGCUGUAUCAAUCAGAGUUUCAAUAAUUCCGCUCAAACCCAGAGACUCCGUGAGAAACCUGGCAAGUUUGCCUUUAGCACUCCACCAAAAAAAUUGAAUCGGCUAGACCUAUAUUGAAAUGAAAUACAACAUAGUGUAAUACAAUUAUUAUGUACUUGAGCCUGCAGAUACCAAUGGGGACUGAUUUGACUUCUGAUCUAGCAGUGGAGUAUUCUGUGAAGAGCUGUACAGAGAUUUAGCGACUCUAUGCCUCUAAGUGGCCUACGUCUGAUGGCACAGUAUCAGUUUCUCUCUCAAUGUUCUACUUUUAUUCUCCCAGUGUACUAUAUUUCUGGGACAUUGAAGAAUCGGUGUGUAGUUGUUCAACCAACACCUUACUUUCAAUGAGUAUUUAAGUAAAGCGAAUACCGAACUAGGGCACAUUUUUAUAAGUGUAUAAUCACCAAGAAUACCAGUAAAAUCAGAAUGUAUAUUUUAUUAAUUUCCAUGAUGAUUGCACUAGUUUACCACAUAUGUUUGGAGUUAUGUAAUUAAAAGAAAAAAUCUCAGGCACUCACUGUGAUAAAUUCAAAGCAGCUUUAAUGGAUCCGCAACGUUUCAACCUGUACUCAGGUCUUUAUCAAGCUUGAUAAAGACCUGUGUACAGGACGAAACGUUGCGGAUCCAUUAAAGCUACUUUGAACGUAUCACAGUGAGUGCCUGAGAUUUUUUUUUAAUGUAUAUUCUAUGGGGUAUGCUUCUCUAUUUUUGGAGUUAUGUAAUUAACCCAGAUUUGGAAGAUAAUAAAAUAUGUUAUGGUGCAGACCCCAUUAGUCAAAGAUUGCCAGGGUAUGAAGGUACUUUGGGUGUAGUUUAGUUGUCUUUCUUUUAAAAGCAUAACUAAAAUAUAUAUCAGGGAUAGGUAUCCUUUGGCACUCCAUAUCUCACGGACUUCAUCUCUCAUAAUACUCUUACAGCCAGACCACUGUUAAAGCAUCAGAGAUGUAGUCAACCCAUAACAUAUAGCAUGUCUAACUGAAGAGCAGAGCUGAAAACUCAAAUUUCUUUUGCCUGAUUAGUUUGGUCACAGAUUUUGCAAGGGGACCCAAUUAGAAAGCUGAGCUAAGUAGCAAAAUAAAUAAUGGCAUUAGACAAUGCAUAUUGGAUAUAUAAUGCUUCACGUAAACUUUUAUUGAUAAGUCAUCUACUCCUUUUACUAGCGUAUAUAAUCACUUGGUGAUGUGUCCAUUUUGACUGUCUGUAUCUUAGUGACAUAUGAUAUAUAAACAUUAUCGGUUGCUAUAUGGCGUUGCCAGCCUGGUGACUCUGGCAGGAAACAUAAUUAGGCAGAUGACGCCUUUGUUUAACAUUUGUUUCCUUGGCAGUGGUUUUUGUUGGAUUUUUUUUAAGGGUCCUCCCAGGGGAGCAAUAUUGGAAACACUGAAAAUGGGAAGGAUUUAACCAUCCCCCUAAAUGGUAGUUUUGCGGCUGACUUAACACAUGAUCUCUGAUGACAACUAUAGUCUUUAAUAAGCUUUCAAGGUGUCAUUGCAGGUCAGCAGUGCGUGGAGCCCUCGGUAGGAAAGACCUUUAAAUGGAUGAUUAGCUGACAAUUCACUGCUGCCGUGCACCUUGCUCUCUAACGCACAGAGUUAUUCAAUAAACUCCAUAUUGUAGCAAAUUGAAAUCCGAAUGGCAACAUCUAGGCUAAAACAGCUGUUUUGGAAAAAAUGUUACUCCACUAUAGUCACAGCUUUAGUCUAAAAUGUGUCAAUCAAAAAUCUUUUUUUUUUUUCAAAUAAAUUUAAAAAGAGUAAACUUAAAAUAAAUAAAAGUGGCAUUACAAUAGUACAGUAUUUCAAUAGGAAUCUCUUAAUUUCAGAGAUUAUUGAAUAAACCCCACAAAGUGUUGUUUGCAAAAUGAGCUGUGAACUUUAUUUAAGAAAGACAUUGCGUGCGACUGAACUUUCGUUGCAUGGCUGAAGGCUGCAGGGAUUCACGUCUUAGUGAAAAAAUAACGUAUUCGGUAGUUGUAAUUUUUGAGUUACUGACCUGAUUCAGGCCACCUCUGACAUCAGCACACCAAAAGUAUUUAGAACUUCUUGCGAAAGGCACAGUGACAAUAUUUGCUUAAAUAACUUAGCUGUUUCGUGAGUUUAUAUGCACUAGCUGUGGGAUUUUUAUUACCUGUUUAAAGGCUUCAUGUUGAAUUCCCGAUAGGUUAAAGUCAAUAAAAUGAUCACAACUUAAUUUCUUAGUAACCUCUAUAAAACACUGGAAAAUGGUAGACAAUCUUAAAGGAAACAUAACAGAGUUUUUUCCUACUAUUUAAAAGAAAAUAUUACAUGCAUUAAAGUACUGUGUGUUUUAUUUUGUAAUACACUUAUUUAAGUAAAGAUUUUUUUUGUGCAUCUCUUACCUUGCCCUAUGGGGGCAGCCAUCUUUAAAACUCUUUGGUCAGAAACAUAACGUACCCAACAAAAAAUCAUGCAGGAAAUCAAGAGCUAGUGUGCAUUUAUGCAUCCUGAUAUCAUGAGCAGGCAAAGGGCAUCUCAAAAAUGCAUUCUGUGAUGGUUUCAGGCCUUCAAAGCCUGGUAAGUUGUGCUUCUGACCCAGUGAGCUAACUAUGGCUAAAGAUACCCUACAGAGCAAGGGUAAGCCAGGAUAUGAACUAAAGAGUUAUUAUAUGAUAAUGCACAUGCUGGCAAUAUGUCAUCUUUUAUUUUCAGUAAUAUAAAAUGUUAUGAAAGUUUUCCUUUAAUAUGUCCAUCCUGGUAAAAACACUAUGCUACUAUGUUUAAACAUUUUGGACCAUUUUAAUCCAAUAUAGGAGAUAAAUUGACAAUGUAGCAGCAGUCUUUACUGACCUGUAUGUUUAUUGUAAUCAUUCUAUUUUUCAUGCAUUUGUAACCCCGUUGUCAGAAAAUGACACUAAUGAGUUCAUUCAUUAACCAGUAAAUUGCUCAGAAUUAAGAACACAAGUUACAGCAACAUUUAGGCCUUGUUAAAUACGGAAACUUUGUCCAACUCAUUUAUUUUCAGCUUCAAAGGCUUCAUUCUUCAUAAAUCAGUUCUCAAUAGUCACUCCGCAAUUCACUGUUUAGUGAACAAAACACGUCCUUUCAAGUUAGGGGCUUAACCAAUAUGGACCACCCUUUCUUGGGCAGUUUGAGAAUGUCACUGACUGUUUGCGUAGAAAAGAAAGCUUUGAUAAACGAGCAGAAUGAUUGUCUAUACUUUUAGCUUUACCUUCCUCUAGAGCUCUCAUUCACCCCGAGAGUCUCCAGCACUCCAAUUUUUCUUGUUUUAAAUAUUAUUAUUUUCUUGCUGCUUAUGCUUGGGCGAAAGUGAGAGUGAAGUGGGGGGGAACGAGGGAGGGGAGAUAGGGAGGGGGGAGAGAGGGAACUGGUAUUUAAAGGCCCUUUUCGGCUAUGCUUCUUUUCCUGUGCUCUAGCUUUAAUUACAGCCUUUCUGCGGGAGUCCGGCAGGCUAGCGACGGUGGAACGAUCAGUUCCUGAAACCUGUCAUUUCAGCCUCUUCAAAAAAGAGGAAUCUAGACAUUUUCACCACAAGGUGCGAAGUGGUCUGUCUUUGCCCCCAGCAGGGUGGUAAUGACAUAUACACUCUGCUGCAAGCUGGGCCUGAAUGAAGUCCGACUGCAGUUCUGCUGUCACAAGCCUCAUUAAUGGUGUCAUUUGAUAGCAAUUUGAGCCUCAUGUAUCCCUUUUUCUCCCCUCUCCUCCCUCCUCUUGCAUUGAAAAAAAAUAAAUGGCUAGGUAUCUACGAGACGCCGGCUGGAACCAUACUGUACCACGCUCAUUUAGACAUUGAGACGUUUACCAUGGACCGAGAGGUGCGGAAAAUCAAGCAGCAGCUUUCACAGAGAUUUUCGGAACAAGUCUACAAUGGUAUGUUAACCUCAAAUGGGAAAAAUAAACUUUGUAGAACUCGAGAAAAAAAGAGAUGAAAAAAAUAAAUAAAAAUCUUGUCAUGUUUUACACUCCCAGAAUGUAUUAGGCCAUAUAGAUGUUAAUAUAUAAAAGAAAACAUAUGCGUUGAAUUGUUAAUUAAAUUGGAAAAUUUGGGCCAAAAUAGCAGCUAGGAAAUAACUAUUCCUAGUUGGCUAUUUUCACCUAGACAUUCCAAUGUAUUAGUAGACAACGAGUCUAUUUUCUUAGAUGUGGCUUUUUGAUACAGAAUAUGUAGACUUUAAGGUAAAGAGAACCUUAUGAUUUAAAAUGGUUUUAUACAUUUAAAUAGUCUGCAAUAACCACCAGGAUAUGUUGAGUUGGCAUAAGUGAUUCUGGAACUCUGAAAUUUUGUUAAUAACUAGCUUUCCUUAAAUGCCUGCGUAGGCAGCCAUGUUCCUGGCCAUUGGAACAAAGCUUACUUGCUGUGAAGUGUAGAAUUUGUUAUAAGAUGACGUGAACAAUCUUAGCUCAUGUAUACCCAAUUCUACAACCUACAUAUAGAAGGUAAGAGUAAGAUUAUGCCUAGAUUGCUGUUGACUGGCUAAACAUAAUUGGAGUAGGUUAGAGAUACAAAGGGUGCCCAACACUUCUAGAACAGCCGGUUGUAGUGACUUAUAAAAAAAAAAAAAAAAUACCUACAGUUUCCGAGAACAUUAUCCCUGGUUACAUAUCUACAUUAAUGCUUACAUUUAAAUUUUACAUUAUUUUAAGAAUUCCCAUAAAAACAAAAACAUUGGGCAUUCAUAGCAGUCAUAAAAUGUACUUUCAGUUAAGGCAGUGCUUUUAGAUUAAGAUAUCUCAAACACACAUAAGCAGAAUCCAAUCCGCCUCUAUUCUAUAAAAAGAACUCCUUGAAGUAGGUGUGUCAUGUAUAAAUAUGUGUGUAAUGUAUAGAGUGUGGGUGGAACAGACUUUACAUCACACAUUCAACCCCUCUCACACACUAAACAAGUUAAGGGGUUACUCCAAGCAUCAAAAUCAGCCCAUUUUAGUGGUUGUGGUACUAGGAGUACCCUGAUGGCAUUCCCUGGUAAUGGGGCAAACCAUUUUGCAGAAGCCGGAUGUCGAUCCUGACGGCCAUUAAUGAUCUUCGCCCUCAGCCAAUCAAUGAUCUUCUGUGCAUAGAAAUAUGCACCCAAUUGACACUAGGCAGCACAGGACGGCUAAUGACAUCCCAAUGAUGUUGCCAGAGGUGGAGUUACAGCUCUGUCAUCAAAGGGGGUUUAUCUCCGUAUUGCAGUGCUUCAUAGGGAAAAACAGGACAUACAGACUUCAGGCACCAUGACCACUUCAAAAACCCAUUUAAUAGCACGUGCCUUACUAUAUGGGGUUCAUCGUGCUAUGUUCCUUAAAAUGUAGGUUCAUCUUAUUCCACCUGAGGUCUCUCUAAUAAGGUAAAUGGCUCAUUACUAUGGACUGGCUAUCACAUUAUUGACACAGCUAAUUGAGCACACAGUCAGCAUUAUAAGAGGUUUAGAACCCUAAAUCUUGUGACCAGAUACAGUUACAGUAAAUCUGACUUCACUAAGAGGUGUAAAACACCAGAUAGGGAUUUUAGCUCAAUGUCCUUAUGAAGCAUACAAAGUGAGAUUGGAGGAAAAACUAAAAUUAAUUAAUAUUUAGCCAUUUUCAUAUAUAACACCCACUAAACACCAAAUCACAGCUUAUUGAGAACCAGAUUGCAAAAUUGAGGCCAAAUUAGAUGAUUUGGAUAAAUUGUCUAUAGUCACAACUAUAUUAGCCAGAUGUUUGCCGUUUGUUUAUUAGUUCAGUGUUUAGUGAGUAAACCCCUUUGUUAACUUUUCUGAGAGCCCAGAAGUCUCUUUCUAAUAGUUUGGUGUAAGAUCUAGGUAGUUGAGUUUCCUUUUUGAUAAAAUGAGUACAGCCCUAGGGAAAAGGCACUCUGUUGGAGUCUCAGGGACAGAUGUGCCUUGCUGUUACUUUCUCAGAGCCCUCAGAGUGGAGUGAAGUUGGACCUUCCCCCUUCAGUGACUAAUGUUACCUAAGUAGAAUACAGUGGAAGGUGAGAUCACCUGGCAGGAGUUUUCUGUACAGAGCAAAACAUAUGGACCCUGAUUCCUGACCCUGAUAAAGUCACAAGGUCAGCCCGCAGCCUGGCGUCUUUUAUCAAGGAGUUUCAGCAGGAAUAGGAUCUGAUGGCACAAAAUAGGAUGGAAAAAAAGAAAUAAAAGCAGUAUCAUUGUAUGCCGCUUACAGAUCCCCAGAAACAAUGAGCCAUUUUGCCAAGUUCCGAGCAAGUCACAGAUUGCUUUCCGUUUAAUAAAAAGUUUCAGUCUCUUUCUUAUACCCCAAAACCGUUUCCCAAAAAAUUAUAUGUCUGGUUAUUUAGAUCUGUGUAUUUUGAGAUAACAAAAACUGUUUUAAAGAAUGCAAAGUAUAUCAAGCCCCUAUUGCGUUGAUGAUCAAAACUCACAUUAUGCUCUGCCAACCAAACAACUACAUUAGCCAUUAAUGCCUUAUAGCUUUUGUAGACAUACUGAACUGCCAAAUAAAAGACUACAUUGUAUUAGUGCUUUCUAGUGCUAAACUGGUUCAUGGAUUGCAGGAUAAAACUUACCAGGAAAGGUUAAAGGAACUUAACAUGUAUAGCUUGGAGGAAAGACGAGACAGGGGGGAUAUGAUAGAAACAUUUAAAUACAUAAAGGGAAUCAACACAGUAAAGGAGGAGACUAUAUUUAAAAUGAGAAAAACUACCACAACAAGAGGACAUAGUCUUAAAUUAGAGGGACAAAGGUUUAAAAAUAAUAUCAGGAAGUAUUACUUUACUGAGAGGGUAGUGGAUGCAUGGAAUAGCCUUCCAGCUGAAGUGGUAGAGGUUAACACAGUGAGGGAGUUUAAGCAUGCGUGGGAUAGGCAUAAGGCUAUCAUAACUAUAUUAUAUGGCCACGGACUAAUGAAAGUAUUUAGAAAAUUGGGCAGACUAGAUAAGCCGAAUUGCUCUCACCUGCCGUCACAUUCUAUGUUUCUAGAAUACUUUCAACAUUUCUGUAGAGUAUAAUAUAUAAUUAAAAAUAAUAGUAAUUCCCUGUUUGCUAUGAAACAAAAUAUACACUGUUAGUAAGACUCUCCACCUUUUAUUUCUGUAAACACUGGAAUUUGACAUAUACCCAUGAAGGAAAGAGUCUUAUCACUUCCCUAAGUGAUCAGGGGGGUCAUGCGCUACAUGGACAGUUGAAUCCAAAUAAAGUGGGGGCAUCAGAAGUAGACUAGCAAUAGAAACCCAGCACCUCUGUUUUCCUGGGCAUUUGAUGGUCAGCAAAUGAAUUGAACUGCACUGCACUAUGUGGGAUUCAUAUGCUGCAAGUCAGAGCUCAACAAACAAAUUAAGGAAUGCAUGUUCAACCCUUGACUCACUGCCAACCCAGCCUACCUACAGUGUAAUGAUUAUACAUCAUGCAUGGCAGCACGUCUCAUACAGUAUUCCGCAUAUUGAAUGGAUAUGUGCCCAGUACAGCAUGGUGAAUUUGGAAUUCCUAACUUUAGUUACUUAACAGAAAUGUUUUAUCCUAAAGCAUUGUAAUAAGAGGAUCUAUUGAGCUCUGUAGAAUAUAAAAUGUAACCCCUCUGCAAGAGUGGGGAGUCAAGAUUAGAAAUAAAGGGGAUUUGAUCCCAGAGAGAUGUUUGGGGUAAUAUUAGAGUGAUAACUGCAGUGCUAAUUCUUGGAGUGUAAUAAUUUUCUUUUGCAUUUAGGUUUCUGGUUCAGCCCAGAGUGCGAGUAUGUGCGCGGCUGUAUUGCAAAGUCCCAAGAGCUGGUGGAAGGCAAAGUGCAGCUGUCUGUUGUAAGGGGACAGGUGUAUAUCCUGGGCAGAGAGUCCCCCCAGUCCCUGUACAAUGAGGAGCUGGUCAGGUAAGCAUGCCCUGCCCUAUCACCUGAGAUGGGGCUGCCAUCAGAAAUGUUGGGGCCCCUAAAACAGCUCAACGUCUGGACCCUCAGGGCCCACCUCUGAGUUUGCACACAGAGCCCACCCUGAGUCCACCCACAAGGAUGCAGUUUGUGUGUAGUGGAUGCGGUGUGUGUGUGUGUGUGUGUAAAGUUGAUGCGGUGUGUAAUGGAUGGGGUGUGUGUAAAGUGGAUGCGGUGUGUAAAGUGGAUGCGGUGUGUGUGCGUGUGUGCGUAAAGUGGAUGCGGUGCGUGUAAUGGAUGAAGAGUGUAUAGUGGAUGUAGUGUCUGUGUGUGUGUAUAGCGGACGCAGUAUGGAUAGUGGAUGCAGAAUGUAUGUUUGUGUAAUGAAUGCAGUGUUUGUGUGUAUUAGAUGCAGUGUGUGUAUAGUGAAUGCAGAGUAUAUGUAUCGUGUGUAAAUAUUGUGUAUAAUAGGAGCUGAAUUCUGUGGGAACAAAAAAGAAUUUUAAAAUUUUUAUUUUACAUGAUGUAAUUUAUUCCCCCCUCCCUGCUUUUUACCUGUGGCCAGGGAGGGGGAGACUACAUUCACUGGUGGUCCUGUGGCAUUGUGCAGCCCCCCUGGCUAUCUGUAUACUGCAGAGGGGCCCAGCUCAUUUAGUCUUCACUUCCCAGCUGCUCCUGACUCCAACUGCUGUGAGAGUUAGAGUUCUGAGUAAGAGAGAGAUGAGCUGUAAAUUGAAGACUGUGUGCUGGGCCUUCUGCAGUGUACAGUUAGCCAGUCGCCUGCAGGUAUAUAUAUAUCUAUGGAUAAUCACUAUAUAUGUUCACAUUGAGACUGUGGGGCCCGAGUCUCUCAGAUCAGUCCAGGUCAGUUUCAUGUACUGCCCAUCAAUAUGUCUAAGUGACGUGUCCUCGACAACACAGUGUUUCCGGCACGCCAAGGUGGCAUUGAACUCACGGCAACCUUGCAAAACAGAACUCUAUAUCCAAAUACCUCUCAAGAAUAGACUCACUAACUUCCAUUCAUAAUCUAGAAAAACUUUCCCCCCUUCCACGCCAAAAUCAACCCCCACCCUGCCCCACUCCACCAUUAUCAUUAUCAUUGGGUGCUAACCUAUUGCCUCCUAAAUUUGGAAGUGAAAUGUUCUGAAUACUUAGCGCAAUUUGAUGCAUUUCAUUUCUUGUUUAUUUUUAUAAAUACCAAGUUCAAUAUAAUUGGGCCUAUAUUAGCCCCUGUGCAUUUGCCUUAUUUAUAUCCAAUAUUUUUGUUAUAGUUAUGACUUUUAGAAGUAUAAUUUUAAAGGCUUUUCUAAAUGUGUAUGGCAGAACUUUAAAAUUCCCUUUGCCAUUUUCAUUCUGCGUGGUACCUGGUGUUUGCUAGUUAAUCCAUCUUAUUUCAUCCGGAUCAAUUUGACGGGACAGGAUAAAUCAGAUAUAAUCCCCCCACCAAUCAUGCAUGCCCCCCCCUUCUCUUCUCCUCCCUUCUUCUUCCAAAUCAACAUCUUCUGAAACUGCAUCCACCCCCCUCAUUAUGUCACUCUGUCUCACUCAGGGAGACUCAAUGAAUAAAGUGAAAAGGAAGGGAAAAAAAAAACAAGCUAAAGUGAACGCAAGCAGGAGAAUUCUAUGCUUUUAUACUCACUGUGUCUCCAACCAUUUGCCUUUUUUCUUUUUUUUUUUUUCUUUUUCAUUUCUGCAUUGCUAGUUUGAAAGCUUUUGAAUGACAGAAUAACGGGAAACAGGGGGAGCGAGUGAGCUGCGAGAACUAACUCAGGGUGGAAAUGCCUCCGCGCAGUGGGUAUAAAGUAACGUAAUUAUAGAGCAGGUCACAGUCACUUCAAUGAACAAAAAUAAAAGCCACCAGUCUUUCUUCUCUCUCAAUUUUUUUUUCUCCUUUUUUUUGCUUCAUACUUUAGUUUCACGUCAAGGGAGGUAAAAUCAUUCUAAAGUCGUCUUUUUUUUUUUUCCGCUUCUUACAAUUUAAAGAUGGUGGUAAUUUGUAUUGAGGAGGGGCUGCAGAUUGCAGGCAGUUCUAGGCUGUAGUUUUUUUUUUUUUGCAAAUCCCAUGUUUCAGUUCGAUAUUAAGAGUGCGUGGGGAGUGAGCAGGGACGGACGGGCCCUGGGGUGGCGAUGGGGUAGGCAGGAGUGGAGGAGAAUUUAAAGAGAAUAGGUGAGGAAAGUGCGUCGAGAGAAACCCAGAGAGGCUCAGUAGUGAUGAAGGAAUAUCACAAAAAUAUGGCGAUAGGUGAAGUAAAACGUGAUGGUUAUGGUUAAAAAAAUCCAAAGAAAAUACUGGCAUUAAUAUAGCAUGUUCAUGAUAUUGUGAGUCAUUAGAACAACUGCAAAAACGCAACAUCACUGUAACACUGUUUAUAAGAGCUUGAUCUUUUUAAAGGGCUAACCUUAACCCUAAAAUCUGUAUUUGAGGUUUAUCCACAUUAAUUAAGGGGGUAUACAUGCAGUCAACAUGUAUUAAUUAAAGGGGUACACAUGUAGACAGUAAGUCCCGUCAAUUUAGUUAAACGGCCUCUCCAUUGUCUAUAUGGCUAUCCAGGGGUUAGGGUCUGUGCCUAUAUUCUGCAAAAGACAUACUCAUCAUUCUCAGCCAGCCUUUCCAGAGUAAUGGGAGUUACAGUCUUAAACAUCUGGAGCAUCCACUUUUAGGUUAGGGUAUGUUUCAUACGGACUAGGAGUAUGAAUGUUAUACAAUUACCAAAAUGAGUAUAAAUGUUUUAUAUUCCAGAUGUUGACGACGCUGCCUGCUUUUAACACUGAAUCAUUAAUAGCUGUUCUUUCUGGUGAAAUAGUAGGAAACGUUUCUCUACAAGUUUAGUAGAUACGCGGAAUCUAUGCCCACGAGUGGGUAACGCACUUCAUAAGCUCCACAAAUACAAACAUGUGUGUCCACCAGAUAGAAUGGGCACUGUUUUCUGUAACAGCCAAUCCGAUCUUCUUGUGACUGUCUGAUGGCACUGCCAAUGGUCUGGGGGGGUAAGGAUUCAUAUAAUGCCAUAGCACCUCUUCUUGGACUCUUGUGUCCACUGCUGCUGCCACAAUCUCCCACAAGCAGGUGUCAGUCUAAUAUGUAGCAGUCGGUACAUAUCUAAGCAGAAAAAUCUCAAUUAAAACCGAUACAUUUAGUCUGACUUACAUACCCUUAAAGAGACCAUGCUUGCAGCGAAGGUGCAAUAAAAUUGGAUGUUUACUUAUGUCUUUGAAUAGUAUCUUAUGCGCAAAAUAGCUAUCUCUAUAAAACCAUAGGUAUAUACAUUUUAUAUCAAUUGACUUGCGGUAGAUAGCAUCCUUUCUCCCACUCACUGAAUGCUUCAUUCUUUCUUCCUCUUAGCAUGGAUGUACAAGGAGAUUACGAACCUGCAGACGCCUCUGGAUUCAUCAAGAUUAAUAGUGUCAGGUAAAAGGAAAUCUUCUAUCUGUGUAUUACAGCUUUUUAACCAUCAGCUUUUCAUAAAGAGAAUGGGUUGAAGUGCUUCGUGAAAUCUUCAGCAAUCUCCAUUCUGUCCCUCCUUCCCUUUCACAAAGUCUGACGGGGUCCUGCUUCAUAGUGCUGCUUUUCUCAGGCUAAACAUAUCCAUAAUCAAUAAUUGUUUUACCUGGGAUUAUGCUCAGGGUUUUUUCCCAAAAGUGAGCAUUUAUGAAAAUUGUAAGUGAAGUUCAAUGUUUACGCCAAAAUAAUCGAAACUAUUGCAGACAUGGAGAAUUGUUCCAGCUUUACUAUUUUGGGCUAAAAUUUGAAAUGCACUUUGAAUUUCCAAAAAUCAUUACUUUAGUGGAAAAACACACACACACUCUCACUCACACUCUCACUCACACGCUUACUCACACUCACACUCUCACUCUAAAGGCAGUCCUGCUUCAAAUAGAAUUUACUGCUGCAAGGAUUAAGUAGAUAGUACAGCUAUUCCAAUAACUAUCUGAAAAUACUCGGUAAAGCUGGUAGGGUAGGUAAGAGAAACGUCUUGAGCAAAAUGGGGUCAUUUCUGACCCAUAGAUAACUAACUGCUGCAGAUUCAAGGAUUGUGAAAUCAGCAUCACAUAAAAUAUCGAAGAAUCAGUAUACCUGUAAUGCACGUUUAUCCAUUGUGUGUAAAUAAUUAGUAGAAUUAAGGAAUAUCUGCUCCAAACUACAUCGAACAUUUGACCAUUGCCCUGUUCUGGUUUCUGCACCAGACAUAAAACCAGUUACAAAGAUUUCAAAAGAUAAAUUGAGAUAGGAAUUAGGUGAUGUGUGUGCUGGGAAAAAGUGAUUCCCUGCUACUUUAACCAAGGGACGCUAUGGGAAUUUGCCUAGGACCCAACCAUAAAAUGGAAAGAGUAACACAGACAGGCCUCCCAAAAAUGGGGUCUGCAGUAGAAAAGAUUUUUAAAAAUGAAAGCGGGUCUAAGACAAGAGGUACAGUAUGAUUAAUUAUAUAAUGGCCCCCAUUAAGCUUGUUCCACCACUGGUUAGGAUUGGAACAAACUGUAAAAGGAGCUCAACAUUAAAAGUUCUCCCUAGGGCCCACACGUGUUAAAAUAAAGUCCAGCAUGGAAAAGUGUGGAUCUGUCCACAGAUCAAUUCUGUGCAUCUGUGAAUUGUCUUACAGAUCAUUUCUGUGCAUCUUCUUAUAGGAGCAAUAAAGUCACCCAGGACACUUCAUCUCAAGGAAGAGGUCUGGGUGCAGUGGUCCUGGUAUUUAGACCUAGAAUGCACAAAUUUGCAAUUUUUUAAUAACUGCAAGGUUAAGAUUGCAUGGUUAAAGCCACCUCUAGUUGCUGUCUUUCUGGCCACCACUAGAGGUACUUCUAAGGCACUGACCGCAUCACCUUCCCAAUUCUCGUCUAUGAGGAGCAUUGGAUUGGAACAUGCUGGAUGAGCCCAUGCCUCCUCCAUGAUGUCGAAAGAGGAAGAGAGGUAAGCAACGCCAUGGGAGCCUCAGCUCUGGAAAAGGGUGAGUAAAGCUCUUUCAAUAUAAUAUUUAAAGUGCACAUGGAGGAGGAUACACCUAUUUAACUAGGACAUCUAUAGGACACACUGGUGGGGUCAGCUAUGUUCUUUUAAAAGGUUUGUUUUCAAGGAAAAGGAAAGGAGAUUAGCCUUGCCCACCCACAGCCCAGAUCAGCCACUAAUGUAAAUGGCCUGCCUGCUUUCUAUUUAGGAGAUCAUAGAUAGGACAGCCUCCUUCUACAAUAAGAUUAUUGAGGAGAUGAUUACUGGGCCACCCUAUCAAUCAUUUUUCCAUGCAUGUUCAUAAGCACAAUAUAUAUCAAUAUCUGCAAUUGCACUUGCAUAACUUAAUAAAAUAUACAAUAUACAGACUGUUCUUCACUCUCUAUCAAUCACUGUAAAUUGUUUGCAACAAGUAAGAAAAUAUAUAUUUAACCUUCCAAGUGCUUGGUAGUAUUUAGCAGCCCCCGGCUUAUUAUACAAAUGCAAGAAUGCCCUCAAUUUGCCUUCUACCUGUUAUUAAAAAGCCUGUUCUAACAACAUCUUACAAGGCUCUUCAGCAUCGACACACAGACUCUUUUGUUUUUAAUUGGCUUAUUGAAAAGCUUUUGAUUCAUUGGUGAUCUACAGUACCCAUCCCACCCUCCCCAUUUACCAUCAUCUAAGGUAAAUAUGGUUAUUAUUAGAAAGAAAUGAAUAAAUGUGCAUAUUUCAUAGGUCUCUUUUAAUAAAAGCGAUUGUUCAACAUAUUAACAAACAGCAUUGACCUUCUGACAUUGCGUUACUUGAAUGGAUACGGACAUCUGUUACAUUGUCCUUUUUUUUCUCCUCUCUCUCUUUCUCUCUGCCCAACAUUGCCUCCGUUGCUUUAUAGGUUAAAGGAAUAUCAUCGCGUUCAGAAGAAGACGGCAGCACAAAUAAAAUGAAAGCUUUGCAAAUCAAAACACAUCGCUGAUUAGACAACCACAUUCUUUUCUAUUUGACUUUGCUGCUGUUUCUUCCAAGGGGUUUGAUUGAAUUCUGUGAUUGUUAGAGAUCUCUACUUUUUUUUUUUUUUCAUAUAUAUACAUUAAAUCGCAGCUGAGUGCUGCUUUUUCAACGGUUUUCUGACCACUUUCACUUCUCCGGUUAGAAACGUCAACUCCCGGCAUGUGUGUCAUGACAGACGAACACAGAAAAAAAAUAUAUACAUUUAUAUAUUUAUAAUAUGUCAUACACGUCUUUUUGAAAUGUGCGACAAGAAUUUGCAGUUGUCAGAAAUCAAACUCGCUGUGUAGAGGUUGUGGAAUUGGUUGAUACUUAAUAAACACGAGAUCGAGCCUACAGAUAUAGAAUGUGCUGUUAAUGUCUUUGAAAUUUGCAGUGUUAAAGAGAAUACGUUUAUUACAUUUUUAACCAGUGUUUUAUGUUCUUUUCCCCAUAGUUUUCAUACUUACAAAUUAUCUUUCAUAGUCUCUAAAGGAUGUGAAACUGGUGAUAUCUAAAAUAUGUUUAAAACCAUAUUCAACACACUAUAUGUAAAGAAUAUCUAUUACAGCUAGGAUGUAUGUAGACUUGUAUUCUAUAUAUGUAAAUUAUAUACUUAUGAAUUACAUAAUAGAUUAAAUAAAAUGCUACAUCCACUGGA